AGGCGAGGAGGAGCUCACCAACCACACGGUCGUGCGCGUGAACGGGAGGCUGUUAGACGCUCUUGGAUUACCGGGCAGUCAACUGUCACCGCUCACUACGGCUGCAGACCGGCGCCCUGCCCGGCGCUCCUCUCCUGCGCGCACCGCCGGUCAUUAAAUCAUCAUAAAGAGGUGUUUACCUGGACACAGCUGCGGCACUAGAAGCGUUUGAUUGAUUGUCAUUGUGGGUUUAUGUCCGUGGAUGCAAGAAAAAAAGUUUUCUAUUGACGCGGCAAUAAAUAGGAGCGCAGAAGCUGGGAGUCAGCCUCCGAGGAAGGACACCGGGCUCCUCUAAACCUCCUCUACAACUGUUUGUGUCACUAAAAACCUACAGAGGAAAGGUAAGCCCCCGGCUGGAGAUUUCUCUUCUUUAACUUCUUUAAGUCACUGCUGUGAAAGGUAUUAAUACUAUUCAGCUGCCGUGGUAAUAUCCUCACUCUGUCAGUCUGCUUGAAUCCCAAUUUGUCCCCCAUUUGUCACGUUUUUUGGGGCUGAUGAAGAAGAAUCCAAUUUUCUUUGCAAUGCAUGCUCGUGACGCAACAUGAAUUAGGUUUUCAGUUCCCCAUUUUUUAAUGCUGUUAAAGGGAUUAGGAAAGCAUGUAGAUGGGCUGUUUGAAUCUCAACACCAGUUAAGCUCAAGAUGUAAGCAAGAGGAAACACACAAAAAUGAGGAUGACUCAUACUCAUGUUGUGGAGUCUGUGAUGCUUUAUUUAUAAGACUGAAAACUCAAGCCAAGGCUGGAAUUUGCUCUCAUUUGAUUGAAACUAUGAUGAGUGCAUGCACAUAUGCAUGCAUAAAUCUAUGAUUUUAUGGGUUUGCAAGCUCAACCUAAAGUUAAUCUAGGAAAUGCAAUGAUUUAUGGUGAAUUUAAUAACGCUUAUUGCUCAGGAGUAAUGGAAAUGAUUCCUGCAAAUUAGAUAUUCAUGGUGAGUUAUUGCAAAUUGGUAGAGGUUUUCAUGUGUAGAGUACAAACUGCGCACCUAAGGCAGCUUUAAAGCUCUUUUUUUUGCAGCCACAGAGAUGUGAAGGAGUGUUACAGAUGAAUCCAGUCAUGUCACACACACAAACUCGAGGCGUAUUCAUACAAGUCACACAAACACAACUGUUAAAUCCACACUGGCUUGUUCCUCUCUUUGAAGAAAAUAAGAUACAUGCUUAAAAGGAGUUAUCAUGCAGCAUACAGUGCAGAAAAGUGGGCACGUACACACACAUUAAAGGUCAAUGCAUGCAACCUUUCCGCACUUGCAGUAUUAAUCACAGUGACAAACAAAAAGAGCAUGGCGACAGAGCCAGGGGUUAGACUAAAGCUGCUUUCGGCUUUGUUCACAGAAAAAUCUGCAGACUUCUGCAGCCAAAUCCAAACCCUAGAUCGACUUCUUUUCUUCUGAUAUGUGUGAGAAUUUUUAACAUAACUUUAAAACCACCCUCAUGCUUUCACAUCGGUUGCAUUAACCAGUUUAUGGAAAUAAAGCAUUCCUUCAUGCACCCACUUUUCCAGAACCACAGGCCGGAAACAAAUGAAUCCAAAAUCAUCGGUGAAUGCUGCGUGCCUGCAUCAGUUCGCUCUCCAGUCGUGGCAGAAAUGGUGCAGAAAGUGACGUGCAAUGCCUUGAAGAUGUUUGCGGCUAUAUUGGGAUCCUUCUUUUGGGGAUUCCUUUGAGUUUACGUAAGCGUGUUUAAAGUAAUGGCUUGUGUCAUUCGGAGGUUUUAUAAGAGGCAAGGGGAGUGAAGUGGCUUCAGUGAGCUGAUGUGACUGAAAGGAAUGAGGCUCCUCUUCAACUCCAGAUAUACAAAUAUAAUGUGCAAUACAGAUGGAGACAAGAAUAGCAGCAGACAAACAGGCCGGCUGUCAAAGAAAGAGAGUGAGACAGAAAGGGGACAAAAUGAGGAAGACAGGCCGAGAUGUGUACAGCGCCCUGCAGUGAGCGGGGCCCGUCUGGCUGUCUUUUGAGUCUGGGAGAUACGUUUGUCAUUCAUCAUCCCACACUCUGUCUGUGUGUCUGUCUGGCUGCCCCUUGGUCUGGACGGAAACAGGUGAGCAAGCAAGCAGCAAAUCUGCUCCCUUGUGAAAGGACCAAAGUGAGCAAUGGAAGAGCCAGAGGAGGAGGGGGGAGUGAGUGAGCGAGAGAGGUGUGCUGGAAAAGAUGAAAAAAGAAAAAUGGGCGAAUAAAAAAAAGUGACCACAGUGGGCGAGACAUCAGUGACCGCAAAGUGUUUUAGGACGAAAAAAGUGGAUGGCACAUCUUUGCGCUUUUGUGCAGACAUUUGGACUACCUUCUCUUGGCAUUUACACGACACACAGCCUAGAUAUCUGUCAUGCACGCACAUCAUGUAACUGAGUCCCAUCUCUCAAUGAAGGUCAGCAGAAUAUCCACUACCUGUUGUUAUUCCUCCAUAAUAAUCAAGCUGAUGCCCCAUGUUUUAUUCAACGGCACAUGGAAUGAGCCACAAUGUCAGAACGUAUCCACCCGCCUGGGCACUGUAAUCACGGGCGAGACAAUGCUCGAUUUACUGCUGAGGACCUACAGUGAUACUUACCCUGCUGCUCCCUGUGCAAAGAAAAUCUGAGGAAUCAUGUGAAGUAGCGUAUUUAGGCUGCAGAGUCUCAGAUACAGAAAGCCCUUUUUUUUCUGACCCAGAGCUGCUGCAUGCCACUUGGAAGAUAUGGACGAUUUUACUGGCAUGCAAUCAACUUGAAAAAGCUGAAAAACUGAGCCAGGUUAAAUAUUCAGAUGGUAACAUUACAAUUUCCAUGCUAACAAGCAGUACAUAAGGGUGUGGUUUAAUAUCCUGUUAUGCAUUAAAUAGCUCUGCCAUGCAAGACCAGCUUUUUCUUUUGUCCUACCAAAGACACAGAGGUACACAGCUGGGUCUGAGUAAAAUGACAGUGAUGCUUAAUAGGCAUUAAAAGGAAAAGAUCAAUCAUGCAAGCUGGAUGUAGUUUAAGAUGUGAUCAUAUUUAAGUAAUGCAAUAUGUGCAGCAGAGCUACGUCUCUUAUUUCUGUGCACAAGUCAGAAAUAAACCUUAGUGGCAAACUUUGGGAGAUGACAGGAGGGUCUGCUGUUGUAAAAUUCAAUUUCACAGUCAUCUGUUCCAGUUAUCUCUGCACCGUUAAGCUGUUUACGGAGCGCACUUGGUUAGAGGAGCAGCUUUAGAGAAAUGAGAGCUCGCAGUAUUUGAAUGAGAUUUAUGACUGAAGUUACUCAAGACUCCAGGUAAGAGGUGCACAUGAAUCAAAAAUAUUCUGUUAUUCGAUACAAAGUGCUAUAACUCCUGUCUGAAAAAGGUGCAUUCACGGGGCUGUAUGUAGUACAGUGAGCUGUGGUAUCAAUAGGUGGUGCUAGAAUAGAGUGAAUGGCUCUGGAGAGAGAGGUCUUUACAACACAUGUGAUGUAUGUGUGUUAUGAAGCGAGGCAUGUGGACCUAUCGCUUUCUGACAGGUUAACAUUAUCAUGAAAAUGUCAUUCUGUCUCCCCCUGACUUCAAUACAUGAAUCCUAUUUGCAGAAAUGCUACUUAAAAUGCUACAGCUGUGCAGCUAAUGACAGACGUGAUUCCGUACUUCCCCUAUUGAUUGAAUGUUCGCUGUUAGAAAUCAUGAUGGUUUGUUAGCAGAUUUGUGGUACAUGCUGUUUCAGAUCAGCUUCUUAUUAUCUGAACAGUGUAAAAGUAUCCUUGGGUCAAAAAGUAUCCUUUAUCUGUGAACUUCAAAAACUACUUUAAGGAAAGGUGGGGUUGUUGCGCUUUGACUGACAGCUGUCGUAAAUGACGAAUUAGCUCACCAGUAAGUAGCAUUAAAUUCAACUUUCUUCUAAAUUCAAUUUGAAAGGUUUUCCUUUACAUAAAGAAGACUGUUUUUUAGCCUCCAAAAUCCUCUUUUCAGGCCACCUGUAAUGAGCGAACAGCUACUCUGCUUCAUGUUUUUAUGCUUGCAGCAAACUGGUUAGCUGAAGACACGAGCAGAAAUAACCCAACAGAAAGCAAACACAGAGAGUGUAUCUGCUGCUACAAGUUUCUGUGUGAAAUAUUACAGCUUCUUAUAGAGGAGGAAAAUUCUUUGAUAGUCUUCUGGAUGUCUCUGAUUCAAACAUAAUAACUUCUGUGUAAUUAGCAUGCUAACGCUCGUCUUGUUUUUCUCCUUGACUCACAGGUGUUUACUUUUCAUUAGCAGCAGUCUUUGCUUUUCUCUCUUUUUCCUUGACAGUUUUCACUCUGCUCUUUUGUUUGGCUUUUUUUUUUAUCCUCCUUCCCUUCUUUAUCUAUCUCCAUUGUGUCCUCACUUUACUCUCCUCCUGUCUGUUUCUUCUUGUUGGGUUUAUCAGUGACCAGACCGGCACAACAACCUACUUCGUCUUAUUCUAUUUCAUUUUCUCUGUCUGCGUCGCCUCCUGUCUUUCUCUCUGUCCUCUUGCUCUUUGUCCUUCACAGUUAAUUGCAUUCUCAGCCUCCCUAUUACUCCCAUCCUCCCACCUUUAUUUAGGUCUAAACCUUUUCCCUUUCUGCCUCCUAUGUUUGGUAAGAAAAUACUUAUUGGGGGGUUUUCCGUGUUAAAGUGACAACCUCUGAUAGCUUUCUGUCGCUUCGGGAGACACAGCCACAAAGAGAGCUUUAUUGAGGCUCCUGGACACAGAUAGGUCAGACUAAUAGCUUGUCCUCAAAAGGUCAUUUGAAAUACUGGUUUUAAGUUGGUCUGGUUUAUAUGUGAGGUUUCCUUCUGUACUUCUCCAGAUCUUCUUUGCUGCUUACCGGCCAGGUGUGCUGAUUAUCACUCCAGAUAUGCUUUUUCUGUAUUUUCCACGAACACUGACAUUUAGAGUGACGCACUGGGAUAAAUUUGCCUCCCAUACCCGGGAUUUUGCACUCUCCCAUAGCAGCGAUGCAUCUGUUUGCACAUGCACGUCCAAUCUGUCAGCAGUGGCACAGAUAGUGAUCUUUUAUUAGAGUGAGCUUGUCUAAGACUUAAUAUGUCAAAGGAAACGUAAAAAGGUUACAGAAUAAGCAGGGAAAUGGUUCUUGGGAGAACCCUCAUAUCAUUUCCUGGUGGAAAGAUUUCAGCCUACUUUACUUUGAAGUUGAACACAGGAUAAAACAGUUUACAUUGAUCCUGCCUCAUAUGGUCAGCAUGCUCAGAGUUUUCAGUGUCUCUCCUGAUCUAAAGAGGAAAAACUGCGAAUAAUGACCUCUUUGCUGAGAGAUCGUUUCAGAAAUCAAAAUUCUCCAACAUGUAAAACAGUUCCUGCAGUAUUUCAUGUUGCAGAAUGAUGUUAUUUGAAGUGAUGUUUUGUGUUUGGUAUGGUAACAGGGCAGGAUUUAUUUUCGAGUGAACACAGGAAGGAACAGGAUGAACGAUCUGAUGAAAAGUGUUGUUGAAUGACCUGACGUUAGGUCAUUUUGAACAGUAGAUGAUCCAGAAAUCAUUUGGAGGCCCAGAGAGAAAUGAACCACCCCGUGAAAGGAUCCCUGCUGUUCACCAUUGUAGUCUCUCUCUCUUUCUCUCUCUCUCUCUCUCUCUGUCUCUCUGUCAGGGGGUCUGAGAGUGAAGCACAGUGUGGCUAAAAGUAAUUAACGUAGCUUACGUUUCCCUCUGAGGGCAGCUCUGUGUGUGCUGCGAGACACUGUGAAUUCUGACUUAUUAUAAUGUCCCUCGACUACUAGACCAUUCAUUGAUUUCCUUUGCCUGGUUGGCUCUUUUUCAUCCUGGUUUUGGCUCUUAUUUCAAGUCCCUGAAUGAAUCACAGGGUCGGCUCUAACACCGGGUGAAAUCGGCUCCAAUUAAGGUCUGCGUGAUUGAUUGGUGGUCAAGGAGGGAUGUUACACCAAUUUUGGAGGUUGUGGACAAAAAGGGUUUUUGCUGUUUCUAACAAAGUUGGUUCUUUCGUUUGUUUUUUUUCCUCUCUGUGUUUGGAAAUUUGGAAGUGCAUUUUGAGAUUAAUGCAACCUGGUGAACAUUACUUUUUAUUCCCAUUAAAUGAGUGGUUUCUGUGCAACCCUACUUGUUGCAUAACCUUGGUUAUACUUCAAUGUUGUCUUAUGCACAGCCUGACCAACAAUGACUGUGUGCUUUAUCUGAGUUCUUUUAAAAUCUUACCGAUCUAAUGUCAGACAUAGAGCAGGGUUUUGGAGGAGAAUGUGCUUGCAGGCACAUUUCCUGUUUGUUGUUACAAUAACAGUGAGUCACAGAGCUGCAGAACGAUGGGGGCUUGUUCUUAUUCUGAGGGUCUAAGAGGGCUUCAGGGGCUUCAGGAUGAGGCUUCAGGGGCUUGUUGAGCAGAAAGAGUGAUUUGCAGUAUACCUGAUCUCUUCUUGAGGAGCUUACCGCUCUCUCUCUCUCUCUCUCUUUCACUGUUUUACUCCCUUUUUCUUUGUCUACGCACAUAAUUUGUCUUUUAUCGCCUCUACUGUUAAUUGAAUGCGUAUAAUGUUUUCUCAUUUUCCUCUCCUGCUUUCUCUUUGUUUAUCCCCUCCUCUUUUAAUUUCUAUAUAUUUUCCCCUCUGGCGACAGUAUUAAAGGACUUUGAGAGUGCUCCAGCUCCUAUUUUAAUUAUCCCACUGGCUGCCGUGCGUACUCGUGAUAACAGCACCCAUCCCUCUCACUCGGCCUGUUUUUCUCUGUCUGUCUGUUUACAGCUUGUAGCACCCAGACACAUCCCACUCUCUGACCCAGUGGAGCGUGCUAGGAACACUGUGCCCAGAAGGGAAUCGUGGUUAAUGCCUUUCGGCCAAGUCCAGCUACAAAAUAGUUCUUUAAUUGGUUUCCCAUCACCCUCAGCUGCAGUGUGCUUCCUCUGUGGCUGCACAUUGAAGCACAUGGGAGUUAGUGAAAUGGGACAAAAGACGUAUGCUAAUGGGGUCUUUGUGCAUCUUUGCUUAAAGUUUUUUUUGUUUUUUUUUUCAUUCAAGUAUUUUGCAUUGUUUGGUCUGGGUCUGUUUUUCUUGUUUGAUCGCCCAGUAUCACUUCCUGUGUAGAGUUGAUCCUAACUUAAGGAAUACAGAGGAACUUUAAGCAGACUCAGAAUCUAAAAUGCAAAAAUCUGCAGCCUUAAACUCAUGGAAGCAUGUCGUGGUCUGAGAUUACAUAUUCCAGAUAAUGAUGGAUACAUCAUUUUUGUAUUUCUAUUUUCUACUUCCAUCAGACUUUGACUGUGGAAACAUGUCUCUUAUAAAACACUGUAAGUGGCAGAGGCAGAGAGGAGGGGCCUUUCUGGAGGAGGGUCCUCCCUCAUGGCGAUAAUUGAGAGCAUGCUGUGAAAGAAUGCAUGAUUUUUUUAAAUCCAUUUUUUUGUUUUAUCUCUGGAAUUGAAAAGGCAAGGUUAUCUUUUAGAUGUGAAUUAUGAUCUGCAGAUGGAUAGGGGGAAUAGAGGGAGCGGUACAGUCAGUCACUCACAUGACAGCACAGGCUAAAACUCAGACCAUCUGUCUCCAUCUCUCUUCACUCUGAACUCAGACUGCAGAUCUCAAGGGGGAUGUUUUCAAGCUCAGGUAAAUUUAAACUGGAACACAUGAGAGUACUUAAUAAAAAAUAGGUUUUUCAGUCUGGCUCUGUUAUUUUUUUAACAAUUAAAAUUGAAGUUGAGUAAAUAUACGCUGAAUGAUGAACCUUUUGUUAAACACGUCUCUGGCAAGAAAGAAGUUAUUACUUGUCCUGAAAUGCUUUAAAGCUUAUGUGAGGAGUUUUUGGUGCUAGUGGAAAAAAGCUGAAGUUAAUACUGAUACCCUUGAAUGACCUACAGAGGCAAACAAGGCCACUAGUGUUUCUUUACUGUUAUUUUUACCGCCUCAAUCUGAUGCUCGUGGAGGUAGGUGACAAAAGAGAUUUACCACUAGUGUGCCGAGGAGUUCAGUGGUUAAUUGUUAAAAGUAACCAAAAAGGGAUUUCUGUCAUUACAAAUGACUAUCAUCAAACUGAUAAGAGGUGUGGACUCCAAAAUUAGCACAGACCAAAAGUUCCUCACAGGAGCUUUAAAGUUAUUUGUGUAUAACUUAUGUGACUCUUUGGUUAUAGGGUCUAAGUCGGUUUAAUUUUGUUGACUUGAAAUGAAUCCUUAAACUUAAUUAUAGGUUUAUAAAACAGUGCUAGAAAAGAACAUUAUAACACAAUGUUUAAAUACAACAUUAAUGCCCCUGUUAGGAACUUUUGCUUUGUAUCAAUUUUGGCUUGUGGCACCUUCUGACAAAAAUAUUAAUUCCACUGACUCCUGACAAUCAACUCUUUCAUUUUUUGUGGAUAUUUAAUAUAAAAAGAGGGUGGUUUCUUCUUUUCAACUGACACCUACCCCCUCGCAAUAAUUUCAGGCUUUAAAAAAAUACAGAUUAAAAUUAACAGUGUUGGCACUGAUGGUCUUGUUUGCUUUUUGAUAUCGUAAAAUAGCAUAAAUAUCAAUUUCAUAAAUGUCAAAAAAACAUAUAGCAUAGGGGGACAGUACAAAUAUGUCAGUGGGUAGAACAGUUUAGUAUAAGAGACAGAACAGGAUAACUGAGUGACAUUGUUCCCCUGCAAUAAUCAGCCUCAUUUUAAUAACAGUCACAUUGUUUUACAUGAAGUGGUGUGGUGUUCGAGGCACUCUGUUCAAGCAGGUCUUCAUGCUGGACUUAAUUUUGAUAAUGCUAAUGGAUUAUUAUGAGGCGGACUGUGAUAGCAAUGGCCAUCAGUGUACAGCCAUCUACUGAUUAGUUAAUAGUGGGCCAAUUUGCAGUGUACUCUGCUGCCCAGACUCUUCCUGGGCUGUAAAUGGCUGCCAUGAGCAUGGCACAGAUAAUGGUAAUGGUAUCAGACGGAGAGGAAAUGGGGGACUCUAGUCACCUCUGUGAAUAUAUGUGUCUGCAUGUGUGUGUGUGUGUGUGUGUGUUAAAACAGGAGCAUGUGGACUGGCAUAAGGCCAGCAGCAGCACACAUUUCAACUCCAGCCAAACCUCAUGAGCUACAGACUACCUUCAGUUCACUGCUGAUAAGGACUAAUAAACCACAAUGAACUCAUUGGCCAAAUGCACACAAGUAGAGAAAGCGAUAAAACAGAUCCCCCAGUUCAUGUUUUAUUUUAAUGGGCUUUUAAAGAAAAUUCAGACACAUUAUUGAAACUGAGCCUGAAACUAAGAGAUAUGAGUUCAUUUGGAGAUUUUAAAGAGCAGUUACAUUAUCUCCAACAGAUGUUUAGUGAAUUACUUUAGCAAGAUCCUGUACAUUUGAAGAAAUAACACUUUAAGUCCUCACUCUAUACAUUGAAAAAAAGAUCUGAACCUUCAAGGCACAUGAUCAAUGGAUUGAAGAAGACACGCCUGCAUGUCCAAAUUCUCCGUCAUCACAUCAUCAAAAUGUGUGAUUGGUCUCAGGAGUCUGUUUUUAUGAAAGAGAUGUGCUCAGCAAUAGUAUGGUUUUGCACUGAAGUAAGGUUUAGUUUUAUUUAUGCUGUUUUGCAAAGAAUAAAACAAGGUUCCAAUCAUAUGAUUUUUUAAUCAUGCCACUGUCAGAAGGUGCUGAGCUCAGCCCAGCAUUAGAGCGGCAGCAGCAAGUUAGCCUGUUUUCGAAAGCACAAACAUAGAGAUGCACAAAUAAGAACAUAUAGGUUUAAAGUGUUCAUUUUGCGAUUUUGCAGCCUAAAAAAACAGCCAGAAACUAGCUGCGUACGCUAGUGUCCCACUUUCAUGCUUAAUUGAGCUAGCUGCCUUUGCAUUCAAAAAACACAGCCCUUACCACCUUAGAAAGUCAAAAAUUCUGAUUUCCACAUGAGCAUUUGGGGUCACUCCUUAAAGUAUAUUGCAGGUGAUCUUACCCUCCCUAUUACAAUGUCACAAUCACACCAAGCGCAAGUAAAAUCAUUUGCAAGAGUGAAUAACAUGUAAAGUCAAUUAAAAUACACAUGGCUGUGUAUGUGACUUCCAAUGAUUUUGUAGUCAGCCUCAAGUGGACAUGGGAGGAACUGCACUUGCACAUUGGCUUCAUUUCUGAAGACCAGAGGUUGCUGCUUGUUCUAGUUGUGUUCUUUGAUUUGUAGGAAUAAUACAUCAACAUUUCUGUUUAAGUCUUUACACUGUUUCCUGUUGUAGCAAAGUUAAGAAAUAAAGUUAAGCUAGGUGGCAAUACAAAUAAAACAAAUACAGUAUACUAUCUAUACCAAUCAAUUAGUGACUUAAUCCUUAUUUAUAUUGCCUCAUAGACUUUACACAGAGACAAGAUCAGUCUUAGCCUUUCUAAAGAUUCAAUCUCAUAUUUACCCACCAGACUCAUAUAAAUGGAGAUAUUAUUAAAAAUCUGAAAAUUGUCCCCAUAUACAGAACAUUUCUGGUGUUCAGACUUUUUAUAGACUGUGUAUCCUUCAUAAUAACCCGUUAAAUGAUCUUAUUAGCCUCUGAAAAUAAUCAUUAAAGAUGGAGAGGAUGACUGUGAGAGAGUAAAGUAGCUCCUUACACAUGAGGAAUUUUGUUAUUAGCCCUACUCUGGACUGCAGUCAAUAAUCCAUGCUUUGCUAAGGCAGUUUAAUGCGCUCUAAACUACAGGCUAGGUGCUAGGGCAUGACCAAUCACAGGGUGUGAAGGAAUUAUUCCCCUAAUUUACAUAACAUUGAGCUGCAGAUACUUUUAAAUUAGAAAUGCGAACGGCAAAAUAUUAGACAGAAAAUAAAGCAUAAAUGAGGCAUAAUUAAAGGACAAACAUUCAAGGCGAAAGACCUAUGAUGAAAGUAAUGCAGAAAGUGAGCUCUAAAACUUCAGAGGUGUGUUCCUAUGUCAAGAUUCGUCGAGGCAGAGGAUUAGGAUGGUGGCAGGUUGAUUGAAAUACUCUAUUCUGCAACAUCUAGAUGGAAGUAAGAAUAGCAGGCACAAGGUCAAAGGGAUAUCAGGGAGGAGAAGAGUUCUUGUGUAAUAGAGUUGCAUCCUCACUGAUGUAAUUAGAGCUGUAACUGAAAGACUAUAGAAAUCAGCCAACUGUGUCUGUUAAUGAUGUGGGAACCUUAUCAUCACAGGCUUGGUUUCAAUCCAGGCGGUUGAGCAUAGGCAGAAGCAGCAAGCUCAUCUAUUUCUACUGGUCCCAGUCGAGCUUGAUUUUAUUUCAUGUUUGGAAAAAAACCCUGCUUUUCUGGACUGCCUGGAUCUUUUUUCCCCCUCAUCUACAUGAGAAUGACUUUCUGACAAAUAGAAAAGAAACAUUUCUAGUAAAAUGGUUGUGAUCAUUAAAUGUGUUUACAUGGAGGGUUAUUACUUGGAAACAGGCAGUGAAGUCAAUCCAAGUGGUGUGUGGUAGGAUGAGUGUGUGUUAGUCUAUGCCUCUGCUCUGAACAAGAUGGAGAAGAAGACUGGCCAACAAAUCCUUUCUGACCUUAAACAGAGUGGUAUUCAAGGGUUAAUAACUUGUGGUACACUGUGAGAGAAAAAAGUUGAUUAAUUCGUCUGUGUGUGUACAAGUGGGUUUAACACAAGCCUGUCUAAACUUUACUUUGCUGCUUCAGUUUUAUCCUCUCCACUGCUCUUCUGGGUUCUGAUUUAGCAUUUCAAGGUCGACUGAUUAUAUGUACAGAAAUCCCACUAUAUGGCUAAUAUUAGUACAUUUGAGGGAUUGUAUCCAGACAUUCUCUGAAAACACAAUGAUCUUCUCAGUGGACUGUAAAAGCCCUUGGAUGGGACAGACACAUACAGAGUCAAUGCCAGAAAACUGCCGGUCUCACAUAGUUAGUGGAUUUUACGAUAAGUCAGUCUGUUGCACUGUGGUUUCUUAAGAGCUGAUAUUAAAACACAAUAAUAUUCAGUUGUAAACAACAAUGAUUUGAACAUGUCUGUCUUCUGUCUGCCAUUAGUACUUCCUGUGUUGUUGAUUGCACCAACUGCCUCUUGUGAUGUAUCACGUCAAUGUUGUGUAAGGUGGCAAAAGUAAGUGAAAGGUGGUGAUGACUGAUCGUGGUGAAGCAGAAAGGCAAAUGAGGUUGAUAGCUUCAACUAGUUGGGUCCAGUUGGAUCUCGAACUGGCUUUUAAUUCUGAUCCCUAUCCCUAAAUAAAUAAACGAGAGAGUGACAAAAACAAGAACUUGAACUUGACUUGGUGCACUGACAUUACAGCCCAUUUUACAGCUACAGGCUUCAACAAUCCCCAAAAGUGACUUUUUUUUAGCCGCUGGUCAUUUUAACGUCUAAUAUAUAAAUCAAAGCAGACUCAAAAGUACCAAAAGUGUACCUAAAAGCUGCUGGCCCAAACUCUCCUUUCUCUUAUGUCUUAGGAAGAGGAAGGUCACAGUUUAAUUAAAGAUCACCGUAAUCUAUCACCAUCAAUUUUCAACAGUAAAACAGUGAACCUGGAAACAAAAAGGAGAAAAAUGUAAUAAGAGCAUUUAAAACCUAGUAACCGUGUACUUAAAAUUUUUUUAUUUUGUAACUUUUAUUAUAAAGUACUGGAGCGAGGGGGUAGGUGUCAGCCCAGCACUUGUUUUUACUAUGUUCACAUGAGACAUUCACAUUAAAUGAUGCAUUUGACUAUCAACAGUCAGCAGAAUUAGAUCAUUUUGUCACAAGUCACUGCCUACACAAAGACAGCUUUGUCCACAGGGGGCACCAUAAUUGAUACAAACCAAAAAGUUCCUCACAGGAGCUUUAAAAAUAUCAUUCUUUAAAUGAAAUACCACUCUGAAACAAAUGUAAAAUGUUUGUAGAAAAUGAGUUUCUGUGUAUGCUGAGUAUGUAUUAUGUAUAUGACAAUUUAACUGAAUGAAGUAACCUUGAAUCUGUGAGAAUUAUUGUUAGUCUCUCUCUCUCUCUCUCUCUCUGUCUGUCUGUCUUCUUCUACUUUUAUAUUCUCUCAUUCACACAUAAACACAGACUGGCUCCACCAAUGCAUUUAUAUGAGUGUCAAGUAGGUUGUAAAACUCCAGCGUGUAAUCACAGAUAAAUGCAGCCAGUAAUAAAUUUAGCAGUGUGUAAUUAUAGAUAGGCCUCUGUUUUGUACUUUCAGACACAAAAUCUCUCUGUCUGUCUCUCUUUCUUAACACACACACACACACACACACACACACACACACACACACACACACACACACACACACACACACACACACACACACACACACACACACACACACACACACACACAGAAAGAGAGGCUGUUAUUCCGCUCAUUCACACUCAGACGCAGCCUUAAGAAGAACUGCUUGAUAACGCUCCAUCCUCCUCCUCUGCUCUCCUCCUUUCCUGCUGCUUCACUCACAUCUGAAGACAUUUGCAUAUUUGACUCUUUGCUAAGGCUGAGAAAACAGAAAACAGGCUGCUGUACAUCCGUCGCCUGCAAACAUGAGAACAGCAAUUCCCUUUUCUUUGAAUAAUUUUGUUUUGCUGACUUCUAUUGCACAUCCAUUUCAGAGCAGUUUUUCCUCCAUCAGCAUAUUUACAAUGUAUGUCCUUGGGAAGUGUAACUGCAGCCGUAGAGUAUUGAUAAUAGUGAUAUUUACUGUAGUGUAUGGUCAAUUUUAUGCGGUGCUGAAGCGUACAUUGGUGUUGAAAACCACUUAAAUGAUUUCUCAGAAAUGUGAGAACUUCUGUAUUUUGAUUUCAUAAAUGAGAUUCUCUCCAAGUGUUCGUGUGCAUGUGCGGAUGUGUUUUGCUGUCUUGAUUUUGCAGUCUUAUUGGAUCAUGCAGGGCUGCCGUGCCCUCUGAGCCUUGACUGAAAUGACUGUGCUCGGUCUCUCUGAUGUGCUUUUGCUGUGCUGGCUUUAACAGAGCUAUUUUUGUCAACCUCUCCUUUAUUUCCUCCCACCUAGCCUGAUUUAUCGUUGAGGAUGUUUGUUCCAUUCACCGGCUGUAGAUCUGAGAGCCCUUAUAUGUUCCACAGGGCGCAGAUCACUUUCCAUUGGAAACAAGUGCUUUUUUCACUCAUGGUGUCUGAGCUGUCUUGUUUGAGUUAAAGAUUGAGUUGGAGGAUCAUAUUGGAACUCUACCCUUGCCCUUUUGGAUCAAUUUUCUGUCUGAUUGGGAGCCUACAUCCGGAGGGGCUUAUCUUAUAUUUUAGAUUUGUGAGUCCCCUUCCCAGCUAAUGCUUCUGCAAGCUGCUUCGAGCAGCCAGAUUCUCUGUCAGUCAGUCUUUUAUGCUCAAAUUUUUAUUGUUUAUUAAUGCUUUCAAUAUGGUGAUACAGAGUAAAGCUAUUACUUUGUAUCCCUUAUAAGUGAGCGGUUAGGCACAUUGAGCUUUGCUGACUAAUGCAGGCUCAUUGAACUUCCAUUAACUAUCAGUGUCUGUUGCCUGUGUUGGGAACGGGACAGCGUAAAGUGCAAAUCCAUGAGCAUAUCCAUGGCCACAAAGGUUUGAUUUUCUCGCUUUGACUCUAGUCAACUUAUUGAACUGAUAAAACCUAUCAAAAGACAGGUGAGGGGUCUUCAAGAACUUCAACCAGGUCUUGUCGCCCCUUUGGAUCAAGCCUUGGGUUAGUGUGUGUUUCACACCAAGACAAGAAUCUGCUCUACUGUGGACUAGACCAACCUGGAUCUUCACUGUUUAUCUGUCUGUGCAGGGCUUAGAUGAAAGAAAUGAGAGCACAUAGUCUUUUCAUUAUUUUAAGUCCAUGUUUGAGAAGGAAGCUAUGAAUUUGACCUUAUUUUAACAAAAAUCUUAGAAGUUGUGUUCUUGCCAUCUUGAGCACAGACCUGACAAUGCUUGAAUUUUCACUUUUUACUAAUCUGCAUCAUUCUGAUACUAUGGCAAACUUUCAACCCAAUUUAUGCAACCAAAUCACAGCAGUCGGGUUUCUUUUGAGGUGUCAAAAUGCUGUAAUGGGCUAGAGUACCACGUGGGUAAGAUGUUCUCUUAACAGUGAAACCAAGACUCAUUGGAAAUAGAUGAUUGGGUGCUCUUCAAAAAAAAAAAAGAAAUGCUAGUGGUUUGUUUCCAUCAGGAAUGAGAGAAAUGUUGGGAGAAAAUGGUAGAGACCAUGCAGCUAAUCAUGUCAGGACUGGAAAUUGAUCACACAGCCUCUGUGAAAGGUGUUGCAAUUUUGGAAAAUAUGUCUGCUAACUUUGUUUUCUUGUCAAAGUUGGAUGAAAAAAUCAGUUUCUCUCGUUUCAUGUAGGUUUUGUAACUGAAAAGUUUUGGCUGCUGGUUGUUAAGGUUGUUGUGUUUGGUUUGUCUGUUGACAGACACAAGUGUGGUAUUCCUCAGAUUCAAUUCAUCCAAGAGAACACACAUCUAAAAUACAACAGCCAUCCUUUCAACAUUUAAUAGUUCUUUAUUUGUUAUAUAACCGAGUUGAAAUGAGUUUUCUGGCCUCUCUGUGGCACUAAACCAAGACCUGAUGGAGGUCACACCAUUUUUUACCAUCUGUCCUCUGCUCUCCUCUUUUAGGGAAAUGAAACAAACAGCAUCAUUGGUCAUUUGACAGAUGUACUUUGAGUACAAAGUUUAGAGGAAAUAAAGAGUCAGGGGACAGGGAAGGCUGCCAGAUCAAAAGACUUUUAAUCCCCUGAAAAUACUCAGUAUUCGGAUGUCGAUGUCUGUUAACACCUGAGACUGUCCACAUCACCUCUGAGAGGCUGAAAGUUUAAAAUAACACGUAAUCAGUCACAGCAGUAAACAAAAAGUUUGUGGAGAGAUGUCUUUGUCAGGCAGGGAGCAGCUCAUAUGACAGAACAAAGGCUGUACUCAUAAACAGACUCCUUUGUUUACUGAUAUCAGGAGGAGAAAUGUUAUUCAGGGAUUAUAUAACAGGGCGGGUGUAUUCAGUAAAGCUGACAACACAGCUGAGUGCUCUCUGUGCUUAUUGGAAAUCCUGUCAUGUUUGGUGACGCGCUGAACUGGAGGUACAACAUAUUGUAAAAGAGCAUCAUAAAUCAUGUACCGUGAAGUGUUUAUUAACACACUUUGAAUGUACGCUUUCAUUGUCAGGGUCUUGUUGGUAGUCUGACCGCCCCAGAUUGAGAAAAAAAGUAAGACUCAGUGAAUGCUGAAUCUUUCUGUAAUGAAAGGAACAGCUGUUCACAAGAUUUCUCUUUUCCUAAUACAAAAGCAGAACUAAUCAAUCAUUGAUUAUAACCUGUGCAGUGUCUCUGAAAAUUAAUGAGUUCUCCAAUACACAUCAGCCCAAUACUCCAGAUAGGAAGUGAUAACACUGGCAUGAAACUAAGUCUUUAUCCAAACACCAUCCUAGCAGAGACUCUGGGGAUGAGGCGACAUUAGCAUGAAUUAAUCACCUGUAUGCAAAUCAUCUGGAGCUUCGAAAACAGCACUCAAACCAGUGCUGUUCUUUUGUUAUCCAAGGUGCUUUCACAGCAGACACUGUUAAACAUCUGAUCAAAACAUUUUAAUGAUGUAGCUCUGCUGAUUGGCAGAUUUUCUGCUCCCACAAACAAUCAAAGUGGUUGUUGUGUAACGUGUUUUGCUGUGAUUGGAAACAGAGAAAGAACAUGCAAUUUCAACACUUCGAAAUAUGAUGUAUUUUUAACUGUGAAAUAAUUGGAAACCCCCUGAAUAGUUAUGGAAAUGAAAGCCCCAGUGUGUUCGGAGUAUAAGAGCAUCUUACUGUAUCUGACAGUCCUGGAACAUCACACUUAUGUUAAUGGUGUCACCAUAAACCUAUGAUUACAUAACCCUUUUGCCACCUAUUUGGUUAUGCCCUGUGUGUGGUCCUGCACUGUGAAGAGGUCUUAAAGACCCACUUUGAUUAAUAUCAUGUUUUUCUUGUUGUCGUCAUGUUUAUAUGGAGUUUUUCUGAUGCUAGAGGACAUUUCAUGAGAAAAGUAAUGGCAAAAUUGCAUUUCUGAGUAUUUCUGCUUUCAAAUCGUUGUGAACCUCUGGCACUUAUUCUUUACCUGCCACUUCUGCUGCACCGGCAAUGUGCAGAGUGUGCAGAGCAGUCUCCGCCCUCGACUCAGAGGUAGAUUGCUAAUGAGCUACUGGAGCUCUGACAAUUCCCUUGACAAUGACACAGGCAGCGUGAUUUUGGCUAAAAACUUCAUGAUGACAAAAACAAACAAAAAACAAUUUGGAGUAGGACUUUACAUUUCACCAAAUUUAGCUUGUUUUACAGCAAGCUACUGCUAUGAAGUACAUAAUAAAAUCAAAUAAAAGUUUAAAGAAGAAAGUUUAACUUUAAACAUCUUUUGUGACUUUUCAGUGAGAUAGUUUGAGAUUCUGUCUUUAUAUGAAGCAAAAUUCAAAUAACAAAUCUUCAUGGUACCCUUUAUCUCCCUGCCACAUUAAUACAAAUACCCCUUCAUACUCUCUCAGCCAGUCCUGGUUGUCCCUCAGCAGAUUAAUGGACAGACCACCACGCCUGUAACCUUGAGAACUUCUAGAGGCAGACAGCGAGCCAGUGAAAGAGGCACAGUGGGAAAAUAAGAGUGGGAAAAGUUUGCUCAGGGAUGAGCAUGACGGCUGCAGGUCCUGCCAAAAUGCAUAUGGAGCAUGUAAUUGAUUUCAGGGAAGAGAUGACAUUUGGCAAUCGGGCAGGGCUCAUCCUGCCAACCUCAAACAUUAUCCUUACACUCAUCAAUUUAAAAUGGUGCUGAUCGAUAUUUUUCCUCAACUUAAACAACGGAGAACAUGACCACUUGUAAAUCUACCAAGAAACAAUGAUCCAGCUCUGUCUCUUCUAAAGUUUUGACUGUCUUCCAGCACUCUGUUUUUGUUAUCUGUCUCAAAAGGUAACCCUCCCCCCAAUUUAUUCUGCAUUAAGUUGACAACAGCGUUGAUAGCUUCCCUGCCAUUGCUUUUUAUCCUGUGUUUUUGUAUGACUAAGAAGCGGACAGUUCAUGAAGAAAAUUCUGCAUUCCUCUCAAAGAGAAAGAAACAUCAUGAUUAAUUGGAGGCAAAAUACUGAAGACAGCACAACUCUCCCAGACAGAUUGCCAAAAUUGCUCUAAUACCCUAAUUAAAGGCUCUUUUUUAAGGGUACAUGAAAUGGAAAAAGUGUUCACUUUGUGAUGUUACCGCACUCUGAAAGAAAGUUUUGAGUUAUUAACUGCUGGAGAUGAAAAGUGGCUCCAACCUGUUCCAUGUAGUCACAAGUGAAGAACAGGAAACCCUAACCCAGCUCCCAUCUGUCUGCCUGACAAACACGCUCUGCUUUACAUGUUAUAUAUGUUUGUUUGUAGUGCUUAAAGGAGUCUAUGCCAGGAGGAAGAGAGUGGAAGGAAAACAGCACUCAUGGCACUGGAUAAAGUUCAUGCAUCUGGACAGUCUAGACUAUGACUACAUGAUAUCCUCCAGGAGUGUGUUGCAUUGCUAUCGCUGUUUCCCAUAUCAUCCUCCCCUCUCCUCCAUGUCUGCCCCUCCGUUUUUCCCUGGAAGAGGGAAGGAAAUGUGUGGGAUGUCAUGGCGGUAGACAUCAGGGAUAAAUCCUCAGAGGCAGAGUGAGUCCUUUUAUUGGAGGAGGCUUGUCCGGAGAACACAAUGCUCCUUUGCGUCAGUGCCUCCGAACAUAUUCCAGCCACUUCAUCGGUGAAUAAUAUUUGAGAGAGGUGCUCUACAUCAAAGGCUGCAAGGCACCAAAUGUCUCAACAACAGAGCUUUUAAUAAAGGGAGCAGGAGCUGGUGACCCUCCAGUGCAACCUCGAAUAAAAAACAAUUUUCUGCACUCACUGGAGGGGAAUCAUUACUCCAGUUUUUGAAUAUGAAACCGCUUAAGGAUGCACAACAUGUAAUGAGGAAGACUGCGUAUCCAAUUAAAUCAAAUGACCUCCUGAAGAUGAAUCACAUUAUGCUGGAGGAGAUGUCCAAUCAAUCCAGACCAUGAAGGCUUUGUGUAUUCAGAUUCCUCUUAAUUUGUUUACUCAUCGCGGAGAUGAGUUCCCCCGUCAUAAUGAGUUUGGUGUUUCACUGGUCAAACAUUUGGUCUGAGGCUGUUUGGGACGCCAGACAAUAUAAAUAGGGUCUUCAGUGUGAUGCUUGCUUAAGACUAAUUCUCACUGAAAACAAAGAGUGGGGUGGGUGUUCAGGCUGUAUGAAGAAGUGAUCAAUUGAGCUGUUUUUCUGCUCAAGUUCCUACAAAGGCUGCAUGAAUAUUCAACAGAUUCUGACAUUUUCAAAGUGUUCGCUAAAGCAACACUGAGAUGGACGACGGGUGUCGUUUUUUUUCCACUAACUAUUGACUGAAUAAUACUGCAGCACCUUAUCAUCACAUAACACCAAGUGUUAUGAAUGUAUGAAUGACCUUCAGCUGACACAAAAUGACAAUGACAUGUUUGCUUAUUCCAGGAGAAUUAGAUUACAACAACAGCCUCCCAUCCUCAGAGAUCAUCACUCAGAUUUUCUUCAAUAUUAUAACGUUGACUGCUGAUCAGAAAAGUCAUGACUUUUACAUUUGCCUCACUUACUGUGAGAUUUUGGCUCUGGGUAACCAAGCUAAUAAACUGCUAUAAAGACCCUAGAGUUUGAGUUAUUGCCAAUCAAUUCAGAUUAACUGCUUUCACUCAAAAAGGGGUCUGGAGCCAGAACAUAUCUGCAACUUCUCAGAUGGACUGCUCUCAUCUGUCAGGGUGAAACACAGCCGCUCUUUAAAUCAUAACACUGUUGGUAUUAUUCUCACCAUUACUAGCCUCAAUCCAAAAGUUGAGAGAAUCAUUUUAAGAUAUUGUGGGAAAAAUUCAACAGUUUUUUGAAGUGAGGAGCAUCAAAACAUUAAUAUUGGCGUAUCAUUAUUAUUAUGAUUUUUUAAUGAAACGAAAAGUUUUCUCUGUCUCUAUCAAUCUGAUCAAUUCCUCUCAUUCCCCAUUUACAUGCACUGAGUUGAGCUACAGUGAUAGCUUCAAUUAGGGGAUUUAAUCCAUUUCUCCUGGUUGACCUGUUAUAUCAUUAACCAAAACAUGUCAGGGAGAGGCUAACAGGUUAGCUGUUAAACGAUGGAAACACUGACAUUUACACUAUUAUUUUAUCCUAGGUCAAAGCCUGACACGCAAACUGUGGAGCAUGCUCAGAAAGCUUUAGCUAGGGUGGCCAUAUUCUGAAUCCCCAAAAAAGGAUAUGACUAUGUGGGGGCAGAGUCACGGAUUCCUGCGUAGCUAAUUUUGAGAGUUUUUCCGGUUGGUUUGAGUGUCUUUAACAGACUCAGUUAGUCUACACGACACAAAUUCGAAACUUCCAUACAAAACCCCGGACAUUUGAAGGAUUUUAUAAACUUCCCCGGAAAAAGCCGGACAAGGCCGAACAGCAACAACAGGACGUAUGGUCACCCUAGCUUUGGCCAGUCUCAGUCUGAUUUGGGUGCAAGAGAAAAUAACCCUCACUGCACGAUCUAGCUUUGUCAGUCCAACUACAAGAAGUUUGUUGUAGUGCAAUUUCAUUCAAGCUCACAUAUCCACAUGUAUUUUUAUAGCCCAGUUUCAGUCGACUCGCCCAAUACUUUGGGUUGUAUGUAAAUGAACUGAACUACUGGCCUCACGUUGGGUCCACUUCUUCAUAAAUAUACCGACAAGUUUACAUUUUUCUGAAAUUAAAUCCAGAUUUGAGUUGUAAUUUUAUCAGCUCAGUGUCUCGGCAAUCUUGCAUUGUACUCCUUGUGAACCUCUCUGACAAAGCAGCCCCUGACUUGGAGAACUUUUUGCAUUAAUCGCCUCCAUAAUAAGAGAUUUGUUUUUGUCUAAAUGUGGCUGGAAAGACAUCAGGGUCACAGCUGGGGUGAUCAUAAAUCAAACAUUUCAACAGCUGCAUGUUUACAACCCAAAGUGAAGGCCUAUAAACCACCAAAUGUGAUGUUAUGCAAACGUAUCCACUGGAAGACCAUCUCUUUGGUUUAAUCCAGAAAUAAUAUCUAACUUUGAAACUGUACUGUAUGACCCUAGAUCUGGGUAUGGUCUUGAAUGCUCACAUGGAGUAAGAGCAGAAAUAGAACUGGGGCUGUGCUGCGAGAGUGUAUUCUGGUGAACACAGAUGGAUUAGUUGAAAAUAUGAUGUGUCACCAUAACAGGAACCUGUUUAAUGUUUAAAGGCUACUUGAUGAAUCUGUGUGAUCUUCCCGGAGUCGGAGGAGCGAACCUUUCAAAAUGUAGCUGGGAAGGGGGAGAACGAGGUGAAUGGAAAAGGAGGGAGGGCAGCAUUUUGAAAAGGAAGACUGAAAGAGAAAAGAGAAAGAGGCAGAGGAGGAAGAACGAGGAGAAGAGGAGGGGCUUGAAUGAAAGAGAGUAGGAGAAACGAGAGGAAAGGGAAAUAGAUGAAAGAAAAAGACGAUAUAUGGAAGUGAAAGGAGGCCAAAGAGGAAACAAGAAUGAAGGGAAAGGUGGCAUUUGGGUGAGGAUGGGAAGGUAAUGCAUGUAUGAACGAUGCAACCUCGUUCUUUUUACCCCAAUUGGAGAGACUUGUAUAAGUGUAUUUUUAGAUAGAUGAUAAAGCUAGAAGACAUGAAAGAAGUCAGGCUGCAGAGCUUUCAGCGCUUUUACUGCUUACCUGCUUCACCUCGACAGUAGUGUGAGUCAGAAACAGGAAAAUAUUCACUGAAGAUGUGCUGAAAAGAGGCUCAGAGCCGACUGUCAGCACAGACAGAUCAGUCCAUGAGUUUGGGACUGAAGGUCUCUAUAGAGUCUCACUUCUUUGAAAGGUGGUUGAUAACAGUUCAUCCUUUCAUUGAAAGUAAAAGUGUCAUUUAAUUACCUCAAACAGCUUACAACAUACUAGCUUACAAUACUGACGCGUGUCGUGAUCCAUACAUUUCCGUUCCUCCCAAUAUCGUUAAAAAAUCUAAUAUAUCAACUCCAAUGAUUAAAAUGUUCAUUUGAAUUGUUAACAAUAAAGCAGGCUCAUAUGAACGCUAUAACGUGAAUGAAAAUGUCAGGUAUAAUAAUAACUGCAUGAUAAAGUAAUGUUGCUAUGGAAACACUACCAGCACUUGAAUCUAAAAGACAGUUUUUUUCAGGCAGUACGAGUACAUCACCUUUAAAUCAAUACAAAGGGUCAACUUUUUUGUAUGUUUUAGCAGUAGGUAACAAGUGGGAUAAUGUACUAUAAAAAGGUGGAUUGGAAACUCUCACUUAAACCAUGUUAUGGUCAUAUCAAAAUGAGGUUUCUUGAAGAAACACUUUUUAGUGCUUUAAAAUCGAAGAUAUAGACACUUGAAGAGCUUUGAGGUCUUUGAGGUACUGUAUGUUCACAUGCUUUUUUCCUUUAAGAAGUUCCAGCCUUGAGAAACCAGGUCAACAAAAAUCCAAAGAUGGAUGUUAUCAACAGAACAGGCUUCACUUUACAUUCAAUGGUGUGUUAGUGCUCCAUCAAGGAUAAGUUUUAAAAGCAGCCCUCAAUAACCCUUUGAUCGAAUACCUCCAUUAUAACAAGAAAAGCAUCAAAGUUGACCUACUGUUUCAUUUUUAAGUUCUUCUAAGUAACGCAGCAUGAUUUUACCGCGAGGUAAUCAUCAAUGCUGCACAUGAACACUAGCUUCAGGUAAUUUUCAGCAUUUAUUACCUUAAUUGGAAAGAAUGCAGAAGAUAUGCAAGAAAAAAUGGGAAGUAGAGAGUUUGGGAUGUUGUGCAGCAAAGAGUCAUGGUUGGGAUUACACCCAGCGACUGAUGUAGUGAGGACUAUGGCAAGUAUAGAGGGUUUGCUUUAACUGCGGAGCCAAACUGGCACAAAAAAAUUGGAUUAAUUUUACAUGAUGUUCAUCAGUAUGAUCAAGUGGGGCUAAGUAAGUCUUGCUGCAACAUUACUCUCACAAUAAGGAGCAUUGUGGUUCUUUUUAUAAAGUCUGUUAUUGUGAUCGAAGAAGGUCGUACAGACACAGCGUGACUCUCCAUGACAAGUGGUGCAUCAAGUAUCUGUAAAUGGGAGGGGUGAUCCUGGUUUGUUUUCCAUAGAGUCGUUAUACUGAGGAGCUAUAUAAAGAGAGAGUGCUUGAGUAUGGCUUAUAGAUCAUGAAGCUUGUGCAUGACCGCAGAAUUUCAGUCCCUCGACAAGACAAAUAUGACAGCCUUGUGGGUAAUGUCCACAAUAUGUCCAUUCAUCAAACUAAUCCACCUGGGCCUGCAUUGUAAUCCAGCUCGUUUGUCGCGGCCUGGAUAUGGGAUGCCAAAUCACGUCCGUGUGGCUGCAGCCUUCAGACUGACUGAUGGGCUCUGAAGUGGUGAAAAGUCAGAGGGAGGGAGGCGGAUCGAGCCGCUGCAUCCUCCAUCACUGAUGUGAUGUCAGCACAAAUCUGUGUUGUCACUGAGCCCAUGUCCGCUCACUGCAAGAGGACAGAAGAGAGAUGUGUGACUCUUUCUGCCACUGUCAGGGUGAUGUACGGAGGACACAGAAAGAGGGGAGAAUGAGUUAUAAUGGAAGAAGGAGAAAAGGGGACUAAAAUAGAGCACAACACAUGGAUAAUGAUGCUAAUAAAAACAAAAUCUGGGCACUUAUGCACAAUUGUUAUGGAAAUUUGGAUUUAACCCUGAGGCAGUGUUCAUUUUAGCAGCUGUUUUGGAUUUAGUCUUGGUUUUUGGACUAAAUGCUUUCAAGGUUUAGUCACCUGUUAUAGUUUUAGUUAGCUACAUUUAAGUCUUUCCUUUUAGUCAAAAUAUUUUCUGUCUCCGUACUUAUACAGAUUAACAGCCAAGGUAUCAAGGUAGCACUAGUGUUUGAAUCUGCAAAGUUUCACUUCUUUUGUUGGGUGGGGGGUCCAGGCUCAGCCCCUGAUGUCCUUCAGCCCAAAAAACACCCUUAAGAGGAAUGCUGGGAGGGCAUGACGUUCACUUAGAGCUUUUAGCUGCAUCCUCAUCCUCAGUCAUUUCUACUUUAUCAUUAUCACUAAAUGUCUCACUUUAUGGUCUCUUACAUGUCCCAAAAUUAGGAAAAAACAAGCUUUGGACACAGAGCUGUUCACAGUGAAUAGCGACAAAAAAAAAAAGAAAAAGGCAAACGUUAAAUAUCAAACCUAAGCUGUCUCUUAGCUGGUUGUGUCUUUGUCACCAACAUGCAAUGGAGAAAGUUUAUGAAUGAAAAUGACAGGAAACACAGGAAUGCCUUGCUUGUAUUUCAGGCGACAGAUAAGAUUCAUGGUAGAGAAAAUAAGAUGAAUUUUUAAUGUCUAACAGUCCACCUACAACCAUUUUAUCUCAUUAUUACACUGUAAACAAAAAUAUUCAUCAGAGUUUUUGCUGUUAUCAUCAGGUCCGUAUUUUGGCCGUUAUCAUUAUGGAGAAAAGGCUUGUCGUUGGGAUAAAAGAAGUUUGGUACAAGAAGACUGUACUUGUGAAUGAAAGACUUUACUUUGAACUGAAAUCAGUGUGAUCCAAGAAAAUACAUUGGAAGGGAAUGACAGGAGAUAUAUAAAGAGAGGCCGAAUGCCAGGCACUCAUUCAUUGUGCACUUAAAUGAAGCACCAAACUCAAAGUAAAGUUGACACUUUUCAAACUAAGCCAUUUUCUUUUCAAGGGCACAAUUUCAAAAGAAACCCUUUACCUCCAAAGUCUUCUACUUCAACUUUUCUUUAUUUUAAAGUGGUUAGGAAUCGAGGUCGAUAUUUUGCAAAGUACAUUUCUAAAAAAAAAAAAAAGACAACUCAAUUUUAAGUGUCUGACCUUUAACUUAAUGCACAAAGCAUUUAGUGCUACACGUUAUUCCUACCAAGGAUGGAGGGCUGCAUAUGUAUGCAGUGCCACUCUCAUCCGUCCUGUCUGAGUGCUCUUCUUUGUCUUCUAUAUAACAGGUCUGGUUUCCCUAAUGAGCUACGCAUGCUUCAAGCUUUACUGUUCAUGUCACAUAGGACCUAAUGGCCCAUGAAAAUUGCUCAGGGAGUCUAUGUUUAGAGACGUGUAUGAGCUAAUGUGUAAAGCAUAAAGCCGGUUAUUGAAAGACCCCACACCUCCUCUCACUGUAGGAUGAAUAUAACCGUAGCAGUGUGAAGAUGAGGAAAGUUGAACGUGCAGCAGAGAUGCAAAAAUAUGAAAUGUGCUGCUGGCAAAUUUAUUAUUACUGGAGUUGGUGUAAAAGUGUUGAAAUAUUCAGGAUAUUAUUGGUGUCACAAACGAACCCAAACUUCACACAUCUUCAGCACUAGAUUUCACAUAGAACGUGUUCUGCUGAAUUUCCAGCGACACUGUAAGCGUCAGCUUCUUUCAAACUAUUUAAAGCCUUUAAGUUUUUGCACGAGUGUUUCCUAAUCUGCCUGACUUUUUUCUUUGUUUCUAGUAUGGCUGUUUAAGCCAUUUUUUCUCCUAGUAUGAUUAUUAUGCUAAGUGAAGCUUAGCUUUGUUUUCAAUAGCCACAAACAUCAGGGGAUGGUCAUUACUUAAUAUUGAGGGUAUCAGUCUAGCUCAGUAAGAAAGUGAAUACACUCACUUUCCUGUAUUUUGAACUAUUUCUAUUUAUGUUUUCAGAACAAUCCUCCAUGUCAGCUCGAGUCGUAAUUUCCCAUGUCCACACACACACCAAGUUAGUGAUAUUUAUUUCUAAGUCACGUGCAGUAUAUUGUGACAGUGUUUUCCACUGUUCCUUAAACAACAGAAACUUGUCCCUCUCUGUGAAAACCUUAUAUUUUCCCUGUUCACACGGUCACGCAAAGCCAGUGGUGAUUAGCUGAUUAUUGAGUGGUGUGAGCUCUGCAGAGGCUGAUGAUGUUUUUAUAGAUCCCCUCCUCCAAGGGGUCAUUUUUGGAUCCAUACUUCCCCCCUCUUUCUUUUGUUCUCUCUUCCACUUAGAUUUUUGUUUUCUUGUGCCUUUUUUUCUCCUUCCAUGAGCUUACUGCCAUGUCCUCCACCGAAUAAAUGAGGGUUUAUUGCAAAGCCAUUCAGUUUUCAGGAGGUAUUGAACGGUGGCUGAAUGAGGAAAUAUUUGCCAACGUGUUUCAGAUUCUGAAUCAGCAUUGUUAGCCAAAUUAAAAAACUUGGAAAAUGUUUGAGAAUAUAUUGACUGAGGCUGCAAAAACAAAGAAGUGUAUUCAAGAGACUCCUCUAUGGAUCUGAAGAUACUUUAAAAGGAAAUCUUCUGAAUAAGUUUAAUCCAAAAGAAAUUUCUUUUUGGUUUGGCUUUAGAUUUACUAUUCAAAUAAAUGCUGCACUGUUUUUUCUGAAUCCAUGACCUGGUAUGAGGUAUGAGACAGUUUCAGAGUGAUUCAUCUCUGUGUCUGCUCAGGACUGUGUUGAUUCACACACUCACAGACAGUGCUCUGUCAGCUUUUGUGAUGUGGCUGUCCACUCACAUUAGUCUGAUCAGCUGCACCUGCAUCUUUAUCUCAUAGAGGGUAGCUCAAAGUACUAUGGUGAUAUUUGACCUACAAAAUGCAGGUCAGCUUAGCCAUGAGGUGUUUUUGUUCAAUGUCAUGGCAGCAGCAGAAAGACCAGCUGCGGAAGGUUAACUAUGGUGUGCUGAAACAGACACAAUAGCUUACACUUGAAAAUGAGAUGCUGCAUCUCAAGGGGCCAUCUUUGGAAAUUUUGAUAAUAAAGAAAAACAUUAUCACUGUAGCUGGCCUUGAUCUCAUUGUGAUCAUGAUGUCGACUUACAUCUCUAAUUUUCACAUAUUUUAUUGUCAUUUAUCAAUAUUUUGUAAUAUAUAUAAAAAAUCAAAUUACCAUUUUGGUACCCAUAUUCCUUUCUUCAACUGGUGCUACUGUAAUCUAUCCAUGACAUGCAUUAUCUAAAAUUGUAAAUCUUACUUUGGUGCUUCAAAGGAUUUCAGUCCUGAGUCACAAAAGAAAAAAAAAAGAUUGAUUGAAACAGAUAAAGGCUCAGUAUGAUGGCUAGUUUUCCAAAUUCAUGCCAGAUUAUUUUUAAAGUUUGAGGUUUUCUUUUCAUGUCCCUCUUCUUUCAGAUCGAUAGACAAACCUUUACACUGAAAACCUUGACCUUAAAAAACACUGAUAAACACAUCAAUCGUACUGGACUUUCAAAAAUGAUCAAUGUGAAAUUCAGAGAAAAUGCAGUCAUCCCUGGUCAAAGCUCAUCACUCCCAGUCAUUUAUUCAUUGUAGAUGAAGUUCUGAGUUAAUUUUUCAUAGUAAGUAGACUACCGUCAGCAUGCGUCUGAGAGCCAACCCAAAUACCAUCAAUCCUGCUAACCUUUUACAGUGACUUAUAGGACUUGCUCAUGUGUGUCUAUCUGCUGGAAAGCCUGCCCCCCUGGGCUGCUGACGGGUGUGGAACAAGCAGCAGGUCGUCUGAACUACUCAAACUGUGGAGUGAUGGGCUUCCAGCAGGGACUCAGCGAGCCAAAGCAAAGAGAGCUGGAGUGAAUUCUAAUCUCACAUGCACUCACUUACUGAACUGUCAGAUCUGCAGCUGCAGCUACAGAUGAUUAAUGACCAGCAGCUAUUCCUGUCUGACUGUCUGUCUGAUUCUGUCUUUUGUUAUUCGUCUUUUAUUUUUAUUGUUAUAAUUUUUUUUUCCACUGUUACUAUUUCUUUUUUAUCUCUCAAGAACACGCGCACACGUUGAAAAAGUCCAAAAUGUCACGGGCUGCAACGCUUCUGCUGCAGUGUUUUGCAUUUCUGAUUAAUGGUCGCUGUUGUUGUUUCCUCCUGAGACACUUUGAAAGAACCAUAUGUUUGCUCAGUCAGUCACUUUCAUGCUUCAGCUUGUUUUCUGAUAGUUAUAACUUCUCUUUUCUCCCUCUAGAGAUCUGCCUGUAAGAGGAAGAUAUGAAGGUAGCCGAUUCGCUUUGGAUCAUCUGGUUUCUCCUGGUGGUAAGCUUCAACUCUUUUUAAUUUAAGUGUAUACAGUCAGGUAAACAGGCUUUGAUUCUCUUUUCUGUCCAUUAUGUAUGCAGUACACAUGCGUUUAAAUAGGAUAUAGUCUUUAAUUUUCAUUAAUUUGGCACUUAAUAUGCUACAGUCCACUGGUUUUCUUUUUCCUCAGCAAAAAAGAGCUCAUUAUUAAUUUUCCCUCAGCCUUUAAAAGGAAUAAUUAUAGUUUAUAAUUAGCUCAGCAUGUUCAUUACAAAACCGGAUGACCUGAAAGAGAAGAACCAUGAUCCAUAACUGUGAAAGUAUCAGUAUGUAACUGAUCCUCACUCCGCAAUGCAGAUGAUGCAUUAUUUGGACUUUAACAUGUUAGUCUCAAUGCUAAACAUGCAGGUGGCACACUCUGGGACUGUCUUCCCUUCUUGCACAGCACCAGACACAACAUCAACAUGUGAUAACAGAAACGGAGUACGCACAGUCUGUUUCUUGCUGAAGUGCUCACUGCAUUGCAAAUAGUGGAAAUUAAAACAAAAAACAACAUAAUGCAUACAAACUGAUCUUUUUGAUCAAGAAGACACUAAAUAUAUGUUUUUAUGCACAACAUCACUUCAAAAUCAUGCAAACACCCUCAUGCUUGUGUUUGUGUUACUUAAAUGGAGCAACACCUGAAAGUUACCCCAGAUAGGCUUCUCAAGCUGCAUUUGAUUUGACAUUCGACAUGCAACCACCUUAGAAACGGUAUUCUGCCAAGCAGCAGGAUUUCCCUCUGCUCUGUCGUUGCCAUGGUUACCCUGCAUCUGUGCAAGGCGUUACGGACAAAUCAUGAUGACUAUUGUGUUUAUCACAGGCUGCAGAUCUGACAAACUACUCAUCCCUUUAAAGCUAGCAUCUUUUUACACACAUUUACACUGUCCCUUGGCUUUUCAGGCACACUCGAGCUCUUGCUCCUCUCCUUGCUCACCUCUCUCUGAAGCUGUGGCUGCAUGAAAGUUUGCACUGCUUUAGCACAACAUGCAGUCACAGCUGCCCAUGACUAAAUCUGCAACUUCCUUAUGUUUACAAACUUUGUCACACAAACAUCUGAGAUGAUAUUGAUUACGUAAAAGAGAGAGAGACCUCUAAGCACAUGCUCUGCUUUUGAGGAAGAAGGACAGGGUGCACUCUUUUACCAUUUAGGACAAAAAAGUGGAGCACAGAAUAACCAGCUGGUUUUGACUGUCAUAUUUAUGACCAUAGAGAGCCCCAGCUUUAACCUGUGGUGCUCUCAUACAUUCAGGUCCACCACAUACCCAAUACCUCCCGGUAAAGGGUUUUAAAUGUCUUCAUAAAAUAAAACAGAGGAGCGAUUAGGGUCUGGCUUAUCUUAACUGGGUAGUAAUUGCAUCACCACCAGCUCAUUAUACAUAAAUCCUCACUUUUACACUUUUUGGGUCUUCCUAGGUUGGCAUCGAUGGUUCUAUUUUUUACUCUGAGGCAUCUGUCAGACAAUUACGAUACAUCUUGGAAGGUUAGGUCUUACCUUGCCAUGUAUGAAUCAUGAUACAGUGUACUCCAUUAGUUUAAUGGAGGUGCUGUAAUCAUCAGUCAAAGACGUGAACAUGAAGACAAAUCAUACAGCGGAUGACACAUUCUGGCACUUUGUUCUAGCACAUGAAACACUCUGAUUCCCCUGAUGUGGGUGAUGUAAUUAAAUAAAUGAAACUUUAAACAUCUAUUUGAUGGCCCUGCAGCCUUCUUUCAGAAAUUCCACUCGGCCUAAUGGGAGUUUUUCAGUUAAUCAUAACAGGGGACAACAUGACUUUGUAUACAGGCUGAAAGGAUGUUGGUCGCAAUCACUGUGGACGUGCACUUAAGGAUGUUUUUGAGGUUCUUUGACAGCAGAAAAAUAGAGGUAUUUUAUGAGUCAUUGUCCAAAAUAUGAAGAAAAAAAAAACACAUUCAGUCCUCUGUUGUACAGUGUGAUUGUAAAAUGGAAGUUUUCUGUUUCAAUUUCCUUUGCUUUUCAGCAUCAAGCCAAACAUCGAGGUCCUGAAAUGAAUAAGUGCCAAAUGUUUCUUUGUCUGGUGUUUUUGUGUUGCUCUGCUUUAUUUUUCUGUACUCUCCUCUUUGAGUGUUCUUGUCUUGUUGAUUCACAAAGAGUUAGGAAAGCCUUAGGUAAAGUUUAUUUUCUUUUCUCAUUCAUUUGCUCAUCUUUUGAUACUGGUGGUGGCCUGGUGGUCGUAUGUAUGACGUCAUUUACUUCAAUGUUUGGAGUGACAUCAUAUGUACGGCUGCUAAACUGCUACAUGGGACUUCAGCAUUCUCACCAAAAUCACUCUUUUCUUUGCUUCAAACACCUUUCACAAGCUUUUAUCAGGGAAGUCAGAAUGAUAUUUCUGUCUAAUGAGAAUUUCUUUCCCCUCCACAAAGUCACAGAGGUAGGAGGCUUGCAUAUGAUUUGUAGAAAAGGCAAGUGCAGGCAGACAAAAGUAUUAAAAUUCCUCAAAUGUUCCAGAAAAUGAGAGUGCAUGAGUCUGGCUGGCACCUAUGGAGGCCUAAUUUUCAGCCCCCUCCCUCAAAGAAAAUGUGUGUGAUAAGGCAAAGCAAAAUGGGUUCUUUAUCCUUCGGCGAGUGGCAUUAUCAAAAUCAGCAUUUCACAUGGCAGGCUCCCUCAUUUUUUAAUGCCACCUCCAAAUACAAACAAUAGAGCAGAGAUAAGAUUCAUCAUCAGCUGCAUAAACUUCAGAGAGCUCAGACGCUCUUUAAUGAGCUGCAUGAGUCAUGAGCGAGGAGGAUUUCAAAGUGGAAUGAAAUCCUCAUCAGAUCAGUUUUGAAAGUACUUCACAUUGAUCCAGACUUAAUCUGCCAUUUAAAUGAUCAUCUGUGAAUGUCUGGACUUCACAACUAGUGUUUCAUAUAUCUAAAUUAAAAAAAACUCAGCUCAAGGAGUCAUCUAAGAUAAGAUUUGAAUGCUUGUAAUUUUUUACUGACAAAAACAUGUUUGUUUUGAAUAAAGUAAGAUGACAUGUUCAGUAUAUCAGAGGCAAAGCUGUUUGGACUGACAGGCAGGCACAACUGUAGACGAUAACGAGGACGCGAAAAGCCCGCCUCAACUCUGCCUCUCUGUCUCGUGGCAAGUUGACCUAAAGUUAGGUUGAGUUAACGUCCAACAUGGUGUCUGCUGCCAGUAGGCUUCAGAGCUCCGCAUUACAGUGCAGACCUACCAUUUAUGACUCUGGGCAGUCUAUGUUGGGAAGUAGGCGUGAGCGAUAUGGGCCAAAAAAUGUAUCCCGAUAAGACUGCUGUUCUGGUGAUAACAAUAAAAGUCCCAAUAAAAAAUAUAAUUACAAUCUAUGUUUGUGACUCAUUUUGUCUUGAGAACAGCAGUUUGAGUAGUCAAAUAAGAUACUUAACCACAAGUUUGAGCGGUAGGUUAUGGAGAAAACUAACAACAUCAAACAGGUCUCUAAUGUGAAAACAUUUUCAACAUUUGUUCAAAACUCUUAUUGCACAGAGUGAACAGCAGCAGCUGAUCCUCUGUCCGAUGUCAGGCAGACCUGAUUACACUCAUCUAAACCCCAAUCUUGAAGGAAAUCCCUCAUGUGGAGCCGUAUUCAGUAACCAGCUGCUCAGAAACGUCCUCUUCAUUACCUUCAGCCAUGUUUGUUUGUUAUUCUGCUCUGUGUGGGCUAUGGCUGUGAGUCUGUCGCUCACACUUGCGUUGUUACCUUGCAUGUAUCGUAUUUAUCAUUAGACAGCAAAUAUUUAUCAUGGAGGAUUUUUCUGACGAUUUAUCAUGAACAAUAAUUUACCGCCCAUCCGUGGUGAGAAGUCACGUAAACAAAUCGUGGACAGAAGAAGAAAGAACGUGAAAGAUAUAAAAGAAAAAGCUGUUGUGUCAUACACUUAAGGUACAGAGCUGUUAGCCUGGCUGGGCCAUCCUGUUGCGUAAAUCACUUGCCGUUCCUUCCCACAACAGUCUGGACUUCGGCCUAUUGGGAGCGUGUAUUAGCGAUCAGAAAAUAACCAGGCCAAUCAGUGACUGUGUUUCCACUGUUCCCCGGACAACAGGGAAAAGCAGCCCCUGAUUGGUCCAUGUGUAGAUGGUGACAUCUAACACAUGCUGCGGGACUUUUCAAAGUGCCGUUCAUUCAGAACGCCGUUAAUUCUGCAGUUGACUUUGCAAAGUCGGCAGAAAUCGUUUAUAUCCGCAGGAGAUGUCAGAUCUAGCCAGGCCCAGCCAGGCUACAGAGCUGUAAAGUUGUCUAUGUCUUCAUCUGUCCACUAACAAGCCAUCAGCCUUUUGCUAAUGCGCUUGUUGAUUGUUUUGGUAGGCGAUAAAAUAGAUCAACCAAGAGACAACCCUGUAGUAUUGGGUUAAAAGAGGGCAUAUGUCCACCAUUCCUAAGAGAGUUGGACACACUUCUGUCAACAAAUUGGUUCUCACCUGUUGUGUAAACACCGAGACAGGACAGUAGUCCAGUUGACUUGCCUAAUAGAGCUUCACUUAACUGUGCCUGUAAAUGUACUGAGUAUGUCUUCUUCCCUGUCCUCUCACCUCUGGUAUCACUUUUUCUCCGCAGCGAAAGAUGGCAGCAGGAACUGAGUCAGUCACAGACUCAUCGCUCAGGACCAGACAGAGCGUGACCGAAGGACAGGGGCAGGCAGUGAGCCAGGGUCAUAACAAAUGUCUUGGGCUGUCCAACAAAGACCACCAAGAAAACAGAACCGGUGAGAGGCCACAAUCAUCGUAAGGUUCUGUGAGGCCAAAUGGAUUAGCUGUAGGAGAGCAUCAUGGGUGUAAUGACUUUGUAAAGCAGCGGAUUGGGGUCAGAUCAGGGCUGUUGUUGUAGUCUGAAGUAAUGGUAGUAAUGUCAGUGGAGGUUUAACUAAUGUGAAAGGGCUUUUGGGGUGAAAGCUGUUUAGCUAUAAUGGCUUUCGAGGCUUGAGAGGAGUUAUGUAACUCAACUGAAAAAGUAUGACGGUGGAUUCAUGCUCUGCCCCAUUAUCCAACCGUUAUCUAUCCGUCUUUCUAAAGGUACUUUCUGCGGACGUCUGUGGGACGGCUUAUUGUGCUGGGAUGAAACACAGGCUGGGACAUCUGUAACACAGAGCUGCCCUCAUCGUCCUGAUUUGGACCCAAACGGUAAGAAAGACCGGCACUUGACAAAAAACUCACUGAACAAAGAGCGGUGGGAAAUUAGAGGGUUUCCUGCAUAACUUUUUAAUUCCAGGUCAGCAGACAGCACAGAAAACAAUCCAAUUCUCAGAAUGCUGGGGAGGUUUAAAGGUUACAUAGCUGAUUGUCUGGUAUCAAGUCCAUGAACCAGAAUGGCCAGUGGACCGGCUGGGAAGAUUUUUUUUUUAAUUUAUGAUGUAUUCGUUUUUGAUUUGACAUUCGGGGGCAAGUAAGGUCAUUUUCAACCUCAAAACCCAUUGGUUUUUCUCACAGGGUAAUACAGCCUCUGGGAGUAGAUGGCCAACUUUUUCAGGGCUUCCAGUAGAGCUCUCUAUGUAUAGGACUUUGUGCCAAGACUAUUUUCUCCUUUUGCUUCUACAGUCCCACUAGGAAGCAAGAAUUAAGUUGGUUUAAAAGACAGUGUUUGUCAGGGGAGUGCCUGCACAUGUUCGCAGAGAUCAAUAAAAGCAUUGUCAGAUAAGAACCCACACUCUACUAUGAACAAUUUGUUGUGCCUUUUUUUCUUUCCACACAAUUAACUGCUCUGUCUCAAUGCCCACUUUACAAAAUACACCAUCUUAGUGUCAUUCGAGGGCAAACAUGACAGGAAACUUCGACAGUUGUGUGCAGUUUGCUCACGGUGCGCCCAAGUUUGGGGGCGAGCUGUCAGCAUCUCCACCUUAUGCUGCACUGAGCUUUGUUGUACCGUGCUUUCAUUUUGACCACGUAUAAGAGGAGGAGAAAACACUUUUUAAUGGUUCGCUGUGAAAUAAUUUCCUAGGAUAUAUGAUCUAGUUUAUAGCAAUUUGCAACCAAGCGUCUUCCCUAGAGUGGGCCAGAAAGAGCAGCUGGUUCAAGUGAAAAAACAAGUUGUGCUCAACAGCUCCAAACCAUUUCUACGAAAUGUGGAAAAAGUGUGCCAGUGUUGGGCCUUAGGCAGAUCCAAGCCCUGAUUACAGAGCUAGGGAACGAGUAAUUUAUUAACACAUUUAGUAUUGUGAUUUAUUAUUUUGAGGUCAGGUAAAUUUUCAUCAUGAUUGCUGGAAACAUUGAGCAUGACAAUCCUGUUAAAUACUGCGCCACAGCAGCUCUUAGCAGAUGGUAAAAAAUUUCACCCUUACUGCGUGUGACUGUCAGCGCCAGCACUUGAAAAUUUGGGGCCAGUUUUGCUUCAAGUGAGUACAUAAUGGUUCCAUUGUACCAGAGACACUAUCAGAUCUACAGUGCAGUUUUUAGUCCAUUUGUGCUGUUUUUGUCAAAGCUGCACAGGUUUAGCAGCAGCAGUCUUUUUGUGAAUCCUCCCAACAACACUGUUCAGCAUAUAACCAAGAUGAUACUAACCAAACUGAUUCCAAACAGCCUCACCUUCCUAUAGAUUCCUCAUUCUUGUGAAGAUCUGGUAAAUUGAGAUGACUGUUAGGCUAAGCUUUCACGACCUUGUUCUGCAUGUGAUUCGACAGUGUAGGUCUGAAUUCAAGUAUAAAGCACAGCAAUAGAAGGUACCCGAGGUGCAUGAGCUGAGUGGUAUCAGGUGUUUCAUACAAGCUUCAUUAUCCCCACCUCGGUCUUCACCUGAGGCCACCAGCUGACUUGUCCCAUACAGUGUCAUCCAGUUAUUUGUUCAUUUUCCGUUCAGCCUCGAUUUAAUGUCCAUUUUGUUUUUCAGGAGCAUAAAUCAGCCACUGCUGAGAUUCUUUAGAUUCUUUCGUCUCAAUCUGCCAGUGUUUACCUUUUCGGCCAAAUCUAAACUCAGAAACUGAGGCCCGAACUACACGUAUAUAGAUAUUUAUUUAUCAGGAUAUUUUUGUACUCCCGUCUAAAUAAAUGUAUCUGUCCACACGUGUUAGUUCUCAAAAAUACCUGCGUCCACACGUAGCCUUCAAACUCAAUCCUAUCUGGUGCCGCUUAAAAAAAAUUCAGGAACAAAGCUACCUGAUUGGUCGAUGAAUUGUAACAGCGUGAUGCGUCAUGCAUUGUUUGCAGAAGCUACGCUCGUGCGUCGGGUCCAUGUGACGGACCAUGUGACCAAUAAAAGUAUUGGCCGCAGCAGACGCCUCUGUGAGCUGGCUGACUGGUGGAUGUAAUUGUGUAAAACAAGGUUCACUUGCAAGGCUGAAAUUAGUCCCAAAAGGGCAAAACGAACGUAAAGAAUACCCUGUAUGUCCACCAUCGUUGUUGUUGUUGUUUUUCUUUUUAAUUCGCAUGCGCGAGCUGCGGUUUGACGUCAUCGAUCCGUAAAAGUCCAACCACACGAAUCCACUACGGUUACGGGAUAUGGAUAUUUUUUUAUUUCUCCACUUGUUUUUUCAGAUUCAGAUUUAUCCGGUUUGAGUGCUCCAAACUCCCGUGUUGGUGUGGUAGGGAGGCCUAAUCGGACAUAAAUAUGUGCGGUUUGAAAUAUAUCCGCAUUCGUGUAGUUCGGGCCUGAAUGUUAACCAGAAUGGUAGACAAAAAUACAGUCUGUGAUUGAAGUACACAGGAAAGAUUUGAUGACUCAUAAACACAAAGACAGUUAUCGUGCCUAAUCAUCUUUGUAGAGUAGAUGCCAAUCAAAUUACAAAUCCCAAACUGGGAAAUCUUGUGUGUAAACUUUCCUCUUGAUUGUUUGUGCUGUUCUUUGUUCUCUUUGUUGGUGUUCGGCUUGUAUAGAUGUUCACAAAGUUAUUUUGUUUAAUCAGCCCACAGUGAGACCCUUAAUUGCAAUCACAGUUUGUUAGUCAGUCAGUCCAUCACACGGGUCUCUGUUGAAACAUCUCAUCAGCUAUUAGCAAACUGUGAAGACACUGAAGACUUUUGGUACAGGCAUUCAUGAAGGGCCAGAGGAUAAACCCUGAGAGCAUUAUCUUGGGGAACAGGAGGUCAGAACAUUUUCUCAUCAAAUGGGCUUAUCUCACUAUCUACUGGAUGGAUUUGAACAGGAAAUUUGUGGCUUUUCUUUGACUUUUCUUUCAAUGUUAGUUACACUUUUUUAGUUAUGAGGAAAAUGCUUUGAGGAAUGGUUGACUGAAGGAUACAGUUUGGUUAAGAUAUUUAUGUUAAAAAAAGGACCUGUCUUGCAAACUCUGGAUUUUAGAUUGUACUAUGGAGAAAGACUGGAACAACUGUUACUGUAAAAGAGAGUAACUAUGUUAGCCAGAACAACAAUGACUUACUUGUCUGUGUGGUUGAAAUAAGAGUAAAUGAAAACAGACGUUUAUUGAUAUUGUUAUUGACUAAAACGGAUGAAGUGCCUUCAUGUUUUGAUAAAAUGAUUCCCAUAGUUUUUACUGAGAGAAAUGCAAGGCUCAAUUUCAGCUUGAUGGGAUCCAGAGUGAAGUCAAGUCUAAUUUAGGAGAUGCAAUACGGUAGAGAGUUUAGAGGUGAAUGAGAGGACAGAGAAAAGACUGAAGGGUUUAUAUACAGACAGAAUAUAAGAGCAAAAUAAGGAGGGAUUACUAAACUGACAGAGGAGUCAGAUAUGGAUGGGAAGAGAGAGCGUGCUUUUGUUCAAGAAAGCGCAUAAAGAUUCCCCCAAAAUGCCUGUGACGUUAAGUGUCCCCUGAUGGCUCCUUGUUUGAAAGAUGAUGCUGCUGAUUCAAGACUCAGCAGAAGUCGUACAGUUGAAAGUGGAUGUUGACGAGUUGAUGAGCUGUCUGAGAAGACUCAGCUCGUGGGGCUGAUGGUGUUGUUGUCAGAAACAAUGGGAUCUUAUUCUUAGCUCUGCAGUACAUAUGAUUUUAGGCCAACAUUUGAGAGUUUGCCAGAGAAAUACUCCUGAGAGGGAAUUUUCUCCUUGACAUAACAUUUGAUGAUGCAUGCCAAGUGAAAUUAAUCACAGCUGUGCAGUAAUGCCAAGAUUCAGGGUCAGAUUUAUGUGUUUGGAUGAUGCCAACAUACUACUGGAGAAAAACAAAGACUAAGCCAAAGAAUAUAGGGAUCCUCUUCUGGACAUGAACGCCAAACAGAAGCAAUUAUGUAGCCGCAAGUAAUCUGUCACAGUAUAAUGACUGGAUUAUUCUUUUGUCGAGUUGCCUUCACAGUAAUUAUUUUUUCCUUGCAGAAAAAGUCACUAAAUAUUGUGACGAAUGGGGGAAUUGGGUCGGGACUGAGGCUGGGUCCACUUGUCAACCAGCUUCAAGGAGCAAGAAAGAGGUAUUUAGUAAUUGGUUGUUUCAUUUCUGGUGGUAGUCGUAUGGAGAGUGCUUUAUAUUGAACCUCUUUUUCUAGAAGGAGGUCCCUCUUUAUCUGAGGGACUCUGAGGGGGAGCCCACCACAGAGGCUACCACAAAAAAAGGAGGCGUUAUGGAGGAGAUUGUCUUUGAGAACGAAAAGAAGUGCAUAGAGAAAAUGAAGCAUGAUCCACCUUAUAACAAAUUAGGUACUGUUGAAGUCUACUAUCCAAGAAUGUCAUACUCCAAAUCUAUUGAAUGUCUAACAAAAAGACUGAUAAGUGUGUGAUCUUGACUUUGUUUAUGUUGGUGUUGCAGGUCUGUACUGCAGUCGUAACUGGGAUGGCUGGCUCUGCUGGGAUGACACUCCAGCAGGGAUCAUUGCCGCCCAAAACUGCCCUGACUAUUUCGGCAACUUUGACCCAACAGGUAAGGAGCAACACUCCGCUAGGUUUCUUAUAAUUCUCUUAUAGCUACCUUCUACUUUGCUGUGUCAAUGGCUCAGUAUCAACAGCUAAUCUGUGUCAUGGGAUCCCCCAGGGUUUAGUUCUGGGUUCACGUCUAUUUUUCAUUUUCAUGUUCCCUCUUAGUAUUUUCCUUAUAGACAGUAUAAUUUAAUAGUUUUUAUUGUUAUGUCGAUGACAGUCAACCUUAAAUCUGAAUCCUGACCUGUCAGACAUGGAAACUCGCAAAAAUGAAAUCAUGGAUAUGACAAGUUCUACAAUUAAAUGACAGAAGUUUAUGUGAUCAGCCCCCCGCAAUCAAAUCAGUCCAAACAAAAACAAAAUUAUGUGAAGCCCUCAGCCAGAAACCUUUAUGUCAUUUUCGAUCAAGUCUUUUCUCGUGCCCUGGUUGUCCAGACCUAUUUUUGUCAGCUCGUAAAUGUAGCAAAGGGUCAAGUCUCUUUUGUCAGUCUUUGAUAACCUUGACCAUUACUACUGCGACUCUACACACACCUGUCUCAGUGAAACGUCAUCUCACCAUAUUCAGACAGUUUUGACAGAAACCAGCAAACACAUGUUCAAUAUGUACAGAUAGAGUUGUAUUAAAAAUGUGUUUGAUCUGAGUUGUUGUCAGUGUAUCUACUUUUGUUGUUGUGAAGCACUUUCUUACCUGUAUUGAAAAGUGCUGUUUAAAGAAAUUAGUAAUCCACUCGUAUAUUAACUCUAUGGCACUCUGGAGUUCAGUAGAAGCAACUGGACUUAAUCAAAUUAUUACUAUUUGCAGAAAAGGCGACUAAGUACUGUGAAGAAAAUGGUCAGUGGUUUCACCAUCCAGAGGCAAACAGAGCUUGGACCAACUACACACUCUGUGCAACCACCCAUGAGAAGAGGCAGAGGGUAACUUAGAGUCAUGCUGACAUUAUAAACAACGCUUUGGUGAUUUAUCAGAAACUAGGCUGACCAGUUCUGCAAGCUCUCCUUGUAACAUAAAUACACAAAGCUACAAAAAUAGAAGAUCGAAACCUUUGUUUUUUUAUCAAAUUAAAUCAAAUUAAAAAUAGCCACUGCUCCUCUCAGAGGUACUUAAAAAAAAGAAAACAUUUAUACUGAAACAUAUAGACUUCAGCAUCAUUACAGGUUUUGACCAGGAGCUCUAGUUACAAGAGAAAAUUAUUAACCAGCUUUGAUAGUGGUGGAAUAGUAGUUGUCAAUAUUCACUCUGACCAUGUAACCAUUUCUUCCACAGACUCUAAAAAUGGUCGAGAACGAAUACAGAUGCCUCCUGAAAAUUAACCACGAUCCACCUCUGAACAAAUCAGGUAUUGAUACUGCGGACUUAAACUCGUUGUUUCACUCCUAAUUUGAGAAAAAACAUACAAAUAAAAGAUAUUUAAACACAUGGUUUUGUUGGUGUUGCAGGUCUAUACUGUGGUCGCAACUGGGAUGGCUGGUUGUGUUGGGAUGACACUCCAGCCGGGACUUACGCCUCUCAAAACUGCCCUGAUUAUUUUUCUGACUUUGACCCAGCAGGUGAGCCGUAAGACUUACUCUUUCACAGGCUGAGUGCUAUAUUUAAUGUAACCAAGUUUAUUUAGUGGUUGUAUGAUUAUUUCUUUUCAGAGAAGGUAACAAAGUUCUGUGAAGAAGACGGGCAGUGGUUUCGACAUCCGGAGAGUGGCAAGACCUUGACCAACUACACACUAUGUGCAGCGAAAACGAAGGAGAAGUGGAGGGUAAUGCUCAAGUGUAAUUAUUCGAAAGAUUGAUAACCAUGUUAAUUUUAGCAGCUGUCUUAGAUUAAGUCUAAGUUUAAGUGUUUUCGACUAAAAUGCUUUUUAGUUUUAGUCACCUUUCAGUCAUAUACUUGUUUUUAAAUCUAUUAUAUUUUGCUCUGAUCUGCCACGUCCUUUUUUGUGGCCAAUACAGCUUUUUGAAAAUUUCAGGCAUUGAAAUGUAGACUCCUUUAAACUUGUCACUGAUGCUUUUAUUUGCUUUGAGCAUCAUCAAAAUGUCUGAAUAUGAAUAUUUGUCUGCUUCGUAAAUGUCAAAAAAAGCUGCUCACAGGAGCUUUGAAAAGACAUAAACCAAACACUUUUUGAACCUAAAUGUGAAAGUCUCCAUGUGUCGUAACUCUUUGCUGUACUUUUUAAUGUGCAAUGUUGACCUCACUUGCAGAAGGCAGCUGCUCAGCUCUCAGGAGACGCUGAGGUGGAGCUCUCAGACGAAGCCACAGUCAGUCCCAUGGUGAACCCGGAGGAGCAGGAAAUAGCGAGGAAGAAAAUCCUGGACAAUCAGUACAAAUGCUUCGAGAAAAUGAACCGAGACCUGCCCUAUAAUAAAUCAGGUAGAGAGAACAGGAUUGUUUGCCUGUCUGUGGGCAGAUCUGUCAUCUGCAGAGGUUAACCUCUCUCAUGUUGGUGUGUCAGGUCUGUACUGCAGUCGAAACUGGGACGGCUGGCUGUGCUGGGACGACACCCAAGCAGGGACCUACACCUCCCAGAACUGCCCCAAUUAUUUUGUGGACUUUGACACCACAGGUGAGCAGUGAAACCCCUGUAGACAUGAUGAAUUCAUCAGACUGUUUUUGAAUAGCUUUGAAGUGUUAAUCCCCUGGACAAGGCUGUAAAACAAAGACAAGCACACUUGAGAAAUCAAUGUCUGAGGAAUCUGUAUUUACGACUUGAUUAUUACUUUCAGAAAAAGCCACUAAGUACUGUGGGGAGGAUGGACAAUGGUUUCGCCACCCAGACACCAACAGGACGUGGUCUAACUACACACUCUGCAAUGAAAACACUAAAGCAAAACUGAAGGUAAUUUUUAAACUAAACUGCUAUCAUAGAGAAAUUGCACGGCCGCCAUAGUUUGACUGGUCAGCAUAAUCAUUGAGUUUUUGCACAGAGGUGUAUUUUGAGAAAAUGUGGAAAAUGGAAAAGAGUAGCUCUAAUGUAGCUGCCCAUGAAUAUUGCACAAGAAACCAUAAUAAACACGCAUUUUGUUCCCAGAAGACUUAACUGAGCUCCACAGAAAUACUCAGAGGUGGAAAGUUAAAUGCAAACCAACAGUGUGAGAGAACACCUGGACUGUGUCAAGAGAAAGUCUAAAUGCAAAGCUGACAGUAGUUUGGUGUUUGUGAGGUUGUUCAAAUGUUGCAUGGAGGAAAAAAAGUUUUCAAAAAGUUUAGAAAAUCUAUUUAUUUCACUGAAGUCUUCUUCAUGCUGUUUAUAUAGGUGUAAUGAUGAAAGGUGGUCCAGUAACUAGCUAAUGAUGUGAGACUACACGGUGUGCUUGACGCUGAGUCCUGCACAAAACCAACAUUUGCCCUUCAAACCAUUUUCCAGGACAGUUUUGCAUUUUUCAAGCGUAAAUCAUCUGCUCUCCUCAUGUACACUCUUCCAACUUUUCCCUCUCUAUCUCACUGAGAAAAAGUUUUCCAAAGAAUUUCUCAUGCAGUGUACAUCCAAGGUCGUAAAAACACAACUCCUCUCUGUUCUCCAAGUUGGGCCAAUUACAAAUAACAGCACCUUGUGAACAAAACUUCUGCAAAAAAAUAACUGCAAGACACUCUAUGUUACUUUUACUCAUUGUGCUUCACAGCUGGAGCAGCUGUUCUGGCGUAGCUUAAAGAAAAACAUAAAGAUUGCUGAUCGAUCUGCCGCUCCAUCUGUUACCGCAGGAAAACGAUCUCUGCUUACUCUGCCUCCCGGCGUCAGGAAACUUUCAGAGCAAAACGUCUCUGGAGUAAAAGAAAAAUAAAGCUCAAGAAACGUACUGUUGACUUGUGAUUGGAAUCAGAUGAUGCCAGCUUUAGCUUUUAAUUCCUUACUUUACGAGCAUGGACCACACAACAACAAUAUCUCAACACUGAGAUGCAAAAACAGAAUCUUUCACAUUUGUUCACAAAUUACAUUUAAGAGUCCUAAAAAGCCAUUUUCAGUGUCACUCUUUUAUUCAUGUUAUUAUUCCUAAUAGUAUUUCAAAAGGUUCUUUUUUCUUUGUUUGUUAAAUGAACUUUCCCUUCGUUAGUACAUCUAAGUUAAUAUAUUUUCAAUAGCCUCAAUACUACUGCUGACAACUAAUCUUUAAAAUUAGUUGUAGUUUUUUUUUUUCAUCCGAAGAUUAGUUAUAGAUUUGAAAAAAAUGGAUUUUUUUUAAAUUGAAAAAUUGUAAUAUAUAUUUAUAUAUUAUAUAAAUAUAAUAUAUUGACUUUACUUUACAAUUCUUCUAUAAAUAGUAGAUGACUUUUUGAGACUAACCCUAGUUGAAUUUCUAUUUGGGGAUAAAUAAAGUUCUAAAGUCAAAGUAAUUUUGUGUUUACAUUUGGACUCCUGAAAGUCAGCCAUUGAAAUAAAAUUACAAAUAAAGUGAUUUGAAUUCGACAAUGACAGAAUUACAUUUCUAUACUGACUGUUAUGCAUUUUAGUGAACUAUUUACCACACUAGUUCAACCUUAAAAUCAACAGUUUCACAACUUAAUUUGCAAUAUUGGCCCAAAAUGAGUGAAUGAAACAGAGUUCUGUGAGAAUGAGCUGAACUGAAGUGUGAAAUGAAUGUUUGAAUGUAGUCUCUGCAUCUCUGAAGAUAGCAAACAUCUGCCCACAUUACCAGACAAUCUGAGAAUUAUUGAAAGUUUGAGAGCAUCAUGUUUUACAGCAGAGGAAGUCCGAUUUAUGACACUCAGUGCUUAUAGCAACCCAGAUCUGGUUCAUAGUGCUGAAGAUGGAAAAUUCUUUCCUUGUGUGUUUGGGUUUUUAAAUCAAAACCUUUUACUGUUUUAUGUGUGUUUUUACAUUUUUUAAGCUGUUGAUUUUCCCCAAGUUUAAUUAGUAUUUUCAUUUUAUUCAAAUUUUCUACGCUUUUAAAUUAAAUAUUUGGCCAUGGCUUUGGUUGAGUAAAUGACAGUGAUUGAGGGCUAAGAAUUAAAGCUUAGGAGGCUCUAGUGAAAAAUAAUUUAGUUGCAGCUGGAAGAGGAUGAACAUGGGCUUGUUAAUUUUUUUGGACCGUGAACUAUAAAACCAAAAUUCAAAAUUAUGAGUCAUGAAUGUCAGCUCGUUUAAUUUAAUCUGUGUGAAGUGAAAGCUGAACUUUGAGCUCGCUCACUUUCAGAGUGACUGAAAUAAUAUUGCUUUAACUGUAACUGGAGGAUCUUUUCAAACCUGUCUGUUUAUUUUUACAGGAUCGUGUCCUCAAGAAGCAUCCAUAUUAAAGAGAAAGUCUGAAAAGUAAAUAAGAGGACUGGUGCUCAAACCUGCAUGUUUUAGACCCUGGUUGGAGAGCUAAAGAUAAGGUUAACAAGAUACAACACCGAUAUGCUCUUUAUUUAAUGAAUUUAAUGAUUUAAUCAUUUAUCUAAUCAUUAAUUCAUUUAUUUAUUCAAUUAUUAAAGUAUGUUUAGCACAUUAAGUUAUCUCUGAUAUUGGUGGUUUUGUUCUGGUGGGUCGAAUUAAGUGCGAUUUAAAUUUUUUUUUUUAAUGUGUUUAAAAGUUUUUUUAUCCCCUCUAUAAAUCACAGAAUCAUUUUUUUAUUUUCCUGCCUCUGAGGUCCUCGAAUGCCUUCCUUUAAAAUUUUCCUCAUGUGCCCGACUAAAGUACACGAGAAGAGAGGGGUUUCUGUUUUUAUUAACCUUGCCUUCAAACAAGAGCAACAUUCACUGGUUUUAAUUGAUUUUUUGAUACCUGUUUCUGUUAAUGAUUUCACUUUAUUAUUUCAUUUAACCUCCUCUUACUGUGAAGCACUUUUGGCCCACAUGCUUCUAUGCGCUAUAUAAAUUAGGUUGAGUUGAGCUGCGAUGACUCCGACAGUUUUCACUCAUCUGAUGAUCUCUGAAUCAGAACUGCUUAUUAAUUCCCAGGGGGGUUAUAAGAGCGAGGAUGAUCUAGUCCCCUACAGAGAACUCACUCAGUAACAAUCAGGGAGGCAGCCUCUUUCAAUUACACUGAUACAUUUUCCUCACAGCAGCAGUGCUCUAAUUCUUGAGAUAAUUUAAGUCUUGCCUGUCUAUCCUCUUUUUUUGCAGUCGGCAUACAUCCUUUUCUACAUGGCGAUUGUCGGUCAUGCUUUAUCCAUCGCCUCCCUGCUCAUCUCUCUGGCCAUCUUCUUCUACUUCAGGUAUGAAUAGGAUUAAAAUGGAUCUCUUUAGGAAGUUUUUGUUGAAAUAAUUCGAACUAUACUGUCUGUGAAUGUUUAACGUGGUGCAUUGAUACAGGGUGUCGUAACUCUGGGAUGAUUAAUUGGUGCUGGAUUUGGCCUCGAAGGCUCAAUCAUCUCUUCAAUGACAGGACAGCAGAUGGUGGUGAUCUUUCACUCAAGUGUCCUCCAGCCAUUUCAUUACUCAGCACUGACAGCUCUUGGGUCCUAGACUCAUUCACAGUCAGCACAAACUUUAUAGUGUCCACACCAACAGAUUGAACAUGACAGCUUUUAACGCUUGCCCUGCAGCCUGGCAGAUUUGUCAUUAUGAAUGAGGGUUAAACUCGUUGUUACGUUUUAUAAUGUUGUUAAAAAAGUAAAAUAAAUCUGUGCUUUAACACUCUCACCAUCUUCACUUUAUUUAUUACUGCAGUCGCACAUUAAACCCUGUUGGACAGCCUCAGUUAGCGUAAUUUAUACACAACUCUCCUCCACUCAUUUCAUGCCACCUUGGCUUCUUUGUACCGCACAUUUAUUUCAUGGAUAUUUAGGAUUCAAAAGCAGAGAGCUGUGACGUCCGCUGGAAGCGUCUGUGCUUCGCUCUUAUUAGAAACGUGUGCACCUAAGCGCGCUGCUCAUUAAGACCGCUCAUCCCAAUAUACUGCUUAAUCCCACAGGAGGAAAGCGCAUGAGUAAUUAAGAUACUGCGAAGGAAAUUCAAUGAGGAGAAAGUUCAGUAUGAGGUGGACAAGGGUUAGGGAGGUAUAAUAUGCAGUUAAUGUAUGUAAAAUGUUCAAAUGUUGAACCCUGAGAAGGAAAAGUUAGCGAGUGCCACACACACUGUUGAAACUUUAUUGUGCAGGAGGACAAGGAACUCGAUCGCCAUUAAUUUUAAUGACACCAUAACGUAAGAAAAUCUAAAAAAGAAACCUCUGAGGAAAGUUGAACUUUAUUUUCUGUAACAAUAUCUGGACACGUUGCCCUGUUGGCUCUGCUACUCUUGAAUGCAGUUGUAAAAUCUGACAUCUUGACGGGUACUGACCUCUUAAAAGGCAAUCGUUAUGCAGCACGGACCCUCGCUACGCUCUAAAGUUUUAUACACACUCGUAAAUUUAGCGGCCAUGUUAAGGGCAGGCACAUUAUCCUCCAAACCGCUGUGACCCACUGGCGUUCAGACUCAGCUACACAAAAACUCAGUGGGGUUUUCACAAUUUACACGAUCAAAGUAAUAAGGAAUUAUGAUCCUGAUAAUAUCCUUUUUUCUUCUCUUCCAUGACUAAUAAUAUUUAUUGCUAAAACACUUCAAAUAUUGGAGGCUGGAUGCUGAAUUAUAAGCUCCAGAUGUGAAGCUUUCUGUGGUAUGUGAUGGUGUCCAGCUGCACUCUUUGGUUAUUUACAACUACAUCAACACUGUCAGGAUUCCCAGAUAAAAAUACUCGAGGUCAUUGCGGAAAAAUGUCAAAAUCGGGGAUGUUUGCAUUGGAGACGGUCUGGCUAAAGAUACAGUGAAGAUUUAGUAUCUUUAAAGUCUUUUUAGGUACUUGGCAGCUCUUGCAUAUUCUUAAAAGCUUAAAUUAAGACUUAACUUUAGUCUGAGUUCAUCACAGCUUCUGAACAACACUGUAGAGGUGUGCAGUCUGAUAGAACUCCCUUGUACCAUUUAUGAGAAAAGCAUUGCUCUGUAUUUUUUUGUAUGUCUCAGGGGUUUUUACUCCCUUUCAAAGACAAAAUUACCCAUGAGCCACUAGGGGAUCUUGUUUCUAAAACAGCAGAGGACAUAUUUAUUGGAGGGCAUGCAAAAACACAUCUGGUGCAAACUUUUAUUCAGUAUAUAACACUCUGUGGGUCGCAGCACAUUUAAAUGCAGCCCUAAACUACCAUCACUGAUAAUAAAAGGCUUUCAUACGAAUGACUUGAAAUGAUUUUGGUUCUAAUAGUUAUUUCCACUCUGCUUGUCAAGCAUUUCAUUACUCUAUUAAUUCUGAGUGGCUGGCUGUGGUAAUAGGGGAGUACCUCAGGGAUCCAUUAUGCAUUAUUUAACAGCCAGUCCAGCAUGUACAGUAGAGAGCAUUUAGAGGCGAUAUUAAAGGCACAGUGACUGCUGGGAUUUUUACCAAUCGCAAAUGAAUAGAGUCCUGAAUAUGUCUUGUAAGAUAUUAGACUGUAGCAACAUCCAAUAAUCUCAUCAAACUAUUAGCCUGUUUGUCAGGAGCUACUUUACUCCGGGUCAUUCCAUCAGCAGGAACUUUUUUACUCGCUUUUGAUUUGUUAUUUGUGUUUCUCCCUGAAGAUUUCAUUCCGAGCUUGCAGCCCAAGAUGGAAUUUCUUCCUAGAUAUAAUAUCAUAUCCUAGUAUGCCAGCAUGUAUCUGAAACCAAUGACAGGAUCUGUCUCCAUGCAGGAGUCUGAGCUGCCAAAGGAUCACCCUGCACAAGAACCUCUUCUGCUCCUACGUGCUGAACUCAGCCCUCACCAUCAUCUACCUCGUGGCAGUGGUCAAUGAUCCUGAGCUGGUGAGCAGAAACCCUGUAAGUAUGACCUCUGUGGAUUAUUUAACCUCAGGACUACCACUUAGUUUUACACCAGAAGUGUGGAAAGAUUUUAAAAAAAAAAAGAGGUAUAGUGUUUCACUGUAGAAAUGAGAGUAAAAGCCUGCUAGCAUUAUUGUUAGGCUGUAGCUUAAGAGUGACGUUGCAUGUGCAGACAAGCACAAAACACCAUUGUUGCAAAUGAAUUCAAUUAAUGGUUAAUUUUAUUAUUUUUCACUUGGUUAAAAAGUUUAUAGUAAUGCAGAAUUUCUAUGGGGUAACUGUUAAAAAAAAAAAAAAAACUAAAAAAAUUAAACAAAUAAAGAAGAUAAAGAGGGUAAAAAAUACUAAUAAUAUGUCUACACACACUCUGGCCACCCAUACACCAGGGGCACCCCCGUGUAAAACUCUGGGUGCACCCCUGAAGAGGAGCACAGAAAAAAACUGGGACUUGACUGCUGACAGGCUGUCAAGUUUGUUCAACAAAAGCAGCUUGAAAACACUAAUCUGUUUAUUUUCUAAGAAUGAGAGGAAACAUAGCUGUCCUAGAAAAAGGGUAAAAAGGUGACUCCCAUAGACUGACUGGCAGAAGCAGGAUCAAUGCUUCGUCAGAGCAAGGGAAGUCUAUGUGCACACACAGCGUUUCAGACAGUGCCUCAGCUUCUCUUGUGUUGGUUCAUGAAGGUUCUUUAGAUUACACCAAUACUGGACCCUUCCCCUGAAAGACACUAUAAUCAGCCUUAAACAGCACAGGUCACAGGGGACGGGAAAAUCCCUCCUGAAUGUUAAAGCUGCCAAAAUCUGGACAGGUUAUAGUUCUCACACCUGAAGGGUUUAUUUUUGUUGAGAUAUUUGCAUCUGGGUCAAAGUGCUGGAUGGGCAGACCAAUGAGCCAGAAGCUAGCAAAUGUGCAGCAUAGCAGAAUCCAUUGUGAAGAGGAAGAUUAGUUCCACUCUAUUGAAAUGAGACACAAAUGUAUUCAUGAUUUAUGCUAAGCCAAAUAAAGUAGGAUGAAAACAUUUCUAUGAACUUCUUAAAAUUCAUUCACUCUUCAAGCCAAGUGCAAGUGUAACAUAAAUCUGUAUGUUUGAACAUACACAAGUUUUCGCAGCAGACUUCUUCACAUUUCCUAAUUAGUAUUUCAUGUCAAUGAACCAUAUCUUGGCAGAAUCGCCCCUCAUCGACGGACAGUUUUUUGCUCUGUUCCACGUACUUCUGACAGACCUUAGGAGCCACACUGAAUGCAUUAUGGAAAUUCUUUGAAAUGUGGAGCUCUGCUCUGGUAGGGAUGAUAAAUCUGUCUCGCCUGGAUGCCUCACUAUCAGGAGUGAGCAUAAAUUCAUGUGCGGCUUUUCAAGAACCACUCCUUUUUGGAAAGAAAGAGUAAUGAAUACCUGCUAAUCCAAUGCUUUGCAUUUGAAACUUUAUUAAUGAUGUGUUUUUUUGACUCUUCAAAAAUGUCACAUCUCAAAUCAGAGCAAGAUUCAUCCUGAUUUUGAUCUGUACCAGGAUAUAAGCCUGAAUACACUCAGGCACUAAACUAAAAAUGAUGUCAGAAUAUGACCUAUUUAUACGAAAAACGUAGAAACCGUAAUCUUUCUGGUAUGUAUUCUGAGUGUGAGCGAGUGAUUUCCCAGCCGUUUAAACAGUAUUUCAAACUCUGACUGAUUAGUCUGAAAGUAAGAAUAAAGAAAACAGCAAUGCACUCACCAAGUCCGUAAGGCUGGCCCUGUCUGAUGUCCUGAUUUACAUCCUGUCUCUGGAUCUAAGACUCUGCCAAUAAUGACAGAGGAUACACAAGUGUAAAUCAUUUCAUUUAAUGGCUCCUUUUUAUACCGUUAUUGUUUUUUCAACUGUUCAGGUCAGCUAGCCUGCCUUAUCAUGUCAAAACGAAAUCAGUCAUUGUGGCCCAGCUUUUCGAGAGGACGCAGGAAAAGAAAUCACAAGCUUCAUUGGUUGGGAGUUAUAAGUGUCUGUCGUAAAACUUGAUUAAAAUUUAUCGCUGCCCGAGUGAGACUUAUGAGCCUCUUUUCUGCACCGGUGAUUUAGGAACGAAGGACUGUGGUUCGAGAUUUGCUCUUGCAGAGAAAACAAGCUCAUUUUAUUCUCUCUGGUGUGGUGAUACACAGUCUGGUUCGGUCUGCCAGCGCUGUGGGGAGUGAAACCCCAAAGCAUAUGUCAAACCAGGGAGGAGGUUGAAAACAUGACAAACAUGCACAUGAUCUACAGCAGCUUGAUUUGUUAACCAGAACUUUGUCCUUAACUUCAAGCAAACACAAACAUUGGUUGAGUCAGAUCAAUGUCUCACAUAGUGGAGGGUUUCUGUGGGAAGGACUGGAGGAAGGUAAGGGGGGAGCCACAUGGAGAACAGUUCAGAAGCGAAUGACUUUUCUGUGUCUCCAGCCAAGAAGACUCCUGAGGGAAGAAGAGGUUGAUAGUAAUGCCAGCAUGUUUAAAUAAAAGUAAGGCUGCUCUUUUAAACUGAACUGGGAACCAGAAACCCUGAUGGGUAUAUUUAUAGUCGAUCAUGUUCAUGGCUCUCAGAGGGGCUAGGAGAGUAUGAUAGCAAUUAUAAAAUAGAAUUAAAGGAGAUCUACACUAAACUCAGUUUUACCUUCCAUUAUGUCAGUCUGGAGAAAAUACGAUGCAGCUUUGCAUGAUUUGUCGCUCUGCCUGAACCCCUUAGUUUCGGUGAUUUAAAGUGAUAUGCAGCUUGCAGGUAUUUCUUUUUACACAGUUCGGUUGUUAUAAAAUUACCUAAAGGUUAUGCCUCUGAAGAAAACAUCAGAGGCAAGCUACAAGUGGCACUUAGCUCUCAAUUUAGCCAUGUUAGCGUACCUUAGCUAGUUCUACAAUUCCUACUGUUAUGUUACUUGAAGCUUGUAGUUUUAAGUCUUUUUUGAUAGAAUAACCCAGUUUCCAAGAUCAGAUGCAAUACAAAUCCAGCUUUUCCACAUCUUUGUUUACAAAGGAGGUGAAGUGGGGCACAUGAAUAUUUUCAUAUCAGAUAUUCUUUAAAAUGUACAGUAUGUGAGUCUCUUGUAAAAUAACACUUGAAAGCAACUUUCAGAGAUGCAGUGAACACUGAAUCAACAAAGUGCAGAGCGGGUGGGUGUUUCUGUGCCAGAGGUGCCAGGGCAGAACGGCACAACCUAACAUCAGGCUGUGGUCAUGUCUCAAAACAAGCUGUUCAUGGAACCUGGAAAAAACAUAAUCACAGUCAUAAUCUGUGUCUCAUGUGAUAAAACUUUGCUGUGAAUACCCAACAUUGUAACAUUAUUCAAAUGUAUUGAAGUGUAGAUCAUCAUAGGUCUCUUUGAAGGCAAUCAUAUUACAUUUUGAAAGGCCACUACUGUCUUAAGCAUCAAAACAUUGAGGACAAGAAUUGAAUUUGUGUCGUAAUGCAUACCUUUUUGGAGUUUUGAAGUUCAAAUUAUGCUGAAAUCAAUAAGAGGUUAUCAAAUGAAGUCUGUUUUAGGCUAUACAGUCACUGGAAUACAUUUUGGUAUCAUCAGCGUAAGAUUUAUACUGACCCAGAUCAAAAGUUUUUGUCAAGUAUUUGGGGAUUGAUUGGUUUGAACCCUCUGCAACAAAAGGGUUAUUUAAAGCUCUGGUGGGGAACUUUAUGUUUGUAUUGGUUCUGGUGCCCCCUGGGGACAAGGUGCUACAUCUUGUCUCUUUGCAGACUUUGCCCACUGUGUAGAAUGUUUUCCUAUUCUACACACAACCACAUCACUCAUCAUACAGGAAAUGGUCAGUCUCAUGGAGCAACCAACAGCACAAGUGAAGUUUUAAAACAUAAGAAGUACCACUUUAUAGGAAUUAGAAAUGCACAAUGUUAGAAUGUAAAAAUGUUAAAUAAUUAAAUGAACUAAUAAGGAUGUAUGAUGCUGUGAUUUUUUAGGAGAUCUAUAACAGUGAGUAAGAAUCAGAAAAAAAAAACAGAUUUCCAAGAUAACUUAAUAGCACAAGCAAACAUCAGAGUAAGGAUAGGGUUAGGGUUCAGUAAGCCUCAAAUGUUCCUUUUAUCCCCUUUAGCUCGGGACGUUCAAAUAUAAUAUUUUGAAAUCAAUACUUGACUUUGUUUUGCUUCUUUUGGAAAGAUUUUGGCGUCUAAUGGAGCUACAUAAUCCAAAAUAGAAAAACAACAGAAGCCAACUAAGACGGGACUAGUGAGCUGCAGCAAUCACAGCUGAUGUCGUUAGCUGAAAAACUACCAAAUGAGCAGAAAAUCUAACAAAACAAACAAACAAAAAAAAAAGUAUGAGUAUGAAGUAUGAAAGUAUGAAAAGUAUGAUUCCAUCUGAAGAUUUUUCUGGAAGAGAAGUUUUUGUUCCUGAAAACACGCACUAGUAAAGGGAUAUACAGCAGAGUGGGUGUGUUGAAGUCAUUAGAAGAAUUACAGCGUAUUUCACAUCCUUAAGUGUGUGGGUAAUUAUAGCAUUAGGGGACCAAGAUGAGAUAAGAUUCACAUGAUUAUUACGACUAAAGCUGCCUCUUUCUAAACAUCAUAGUAAUGAUUUAAUCACAGGGACAGGAUACGUAGUGUGAAAUGCUGAUGCACUGUGCCCAGCAGAAAUACAGGAAUCUGCACCGUACAUGAGAGCGUGAGCUUUGAUAUGCACUUGUAGAGCUCAUUUCCUGUAGAGAAACGACACAAGUACAUUCAAUGAACACUCCAAUCUAAGGAAACCAUCAUUUCCAUCUCAGCCUACCUCCCUCCAGGGGGGGUUAAUGAAUAAACAUCCCUUCUGUAAUAUCAUCAGCAGAACAGGGAGGAAAAUAAGAAUAAAACUAGCUGAUGAUUUUGUGCUAUGACUGCAGAAACUCCUGCUGAGAUGAUGUCCAGGCUGUCUCAAUUGAAUCCUCUUAACAGAUAUUAUUUCAUGCAUGACUAAAUAAAAGCAGAAAUACUGAACAAUCAGCCUUUCUCUGCAGGCCAGCUGUAAGGUGUUGCACUUCUUCCACAUGUACAUGCUGGGCUGCAAUUACUUCUGGAUGCUCUGUGAAGGGAUCUACUUGCACACCCUCAUUGUUGUGGCUGUGUUUGCAGAGGAGCAGCAUCUGCACUGGUACUACCUCUUAGGCUGGGGUAAGUAAGCCCAUCUGAAUUUGAUUUAUUUGCUGCAUUUUUUUUCUAUUAGGAACUCUUUUUAUGCUCCCAUUGGGCUAAAUCAUGGCUAAAAAACUCCCAAAAAGGCAACUCAUGGAGAAAAAGAAAAAAAAAAAAAACAGUCUGGCAGGCGCAAUUUAUAAGUAGCCCCCCUAAGCCUUGUACAGUUUGUCACUAUGGACAAGCUGACAGCUUUAUUGGCCCUCUGGACGCUUAGUGCUCAAACUGUCCUGUUUUUCACCUUGUUGGGGACACAUAUAAUGGCCGCAGUCUGUCAAUCAAGUGAGCUGCAGAACUUGAUAAUUGAUAGUCAUCUUUAAAAACAGGAGAGUAACCUUGAGGCUUGUUUUAAUCCUGUGUGUUUGUAGAGGGCGGCCACUCAGUCAGGUCUGCCUGAGUGAUGUCUGGACAUGACUGAUCAUGAAUUCAAGUAUUUACAAGCAGAAAAAUAAAAAAAUCUUAAUAACCUAUUAAGGUUUUUUUUUUUUUAAAUAAAAACACGAUAAUAAUUAGGCAUAGAAAAAAAUAUAUGUUUUUUUUGUAUAAUCUGAUUACACUUUAUAUGAGGAUCCUUGUUAUAAACAUUUAUCAACUGUCAACAGGCUGAUUAAGACCUUGAAAGAUAAUUAUGGACAAUGAAUAGGUGUUAAUUAGAAUUAAUAAAAGAAAAAAUUACACAUUUAUGAUUGUUUAAUAGACACUUACAGGCUCCUAUUAGUAAUUUCUUAACAGUCAUAAUUACUAAUUAAGUGUUUAUGAACAGUAAUUUGACUUUAUUAACAUUAAUCACACUUAAUAAAGGUUGAUUGAGGAUAAAUAUGCAUGUUUAUCAUUUCCUGUUGCCACACUAAUUGCAUACAGACAACUUUUAAUAUUUAAUGAGAAUUCUAUGCACAUGAAAUUAACCCUCAGAGCCUUAAUCAUAAUUAAAAUUGACAUUUAUAAUUGUUUGUUAGUUUCUCUUUAAGCACUUACUGCCAUCUUAAUAAAAUAGAGCACACCUAACUUUAUAAUUAGAGGAUAUAGAACAAUAAUAAGAUUAUUAAUGCCUAUCAAAUACAUUAUUUUAUUUGCCCUUGUUAACAGGUAAUAAUACUCACAUGCAGCUCAUGCUCCAAAGCAGGAACAGAGUCUGAUAAAGUUUAAUAAAUCUUCAUUAAACAGUUAUGAGAUUAGAUUCGGAUUACAAUAGAUAUAACUUUAUUUAUCCUUUUGGGAAUGUUCCCUCGAUGAAAUUAAAAUGGACUUAUAAGUGGUUUAUUAACUAUGAAUUAAUGCUCAUAAGAACCUUAAUAUAAAGUGUUAUCCAGAAUCCCUCCAAAAAAGUCAGCAGAUUUAAAGUCAAUCCACCGUGUUUCAGUCUUUCCAAUAAAAUAUUUGUGAAGUAGUCAUUUAUUUGAGUAGGAAACAACCGACCAAGCUAACCACACGUUCACUGUUGCAUAAAUGACAAAUGAAUUCCCCCAAAUUCACUCAAGACCUCAUAUGGCCGUCAUCUCUUUCCCUGUCCAAGGCUUUCCUCUUGUGCCUGCAUCCAUCCACGCCGUGGCAAGGAAAAAGUACUUUGAUGACAAGUGAGUAAUGUUCCAGAAACGACUGAAAAUAAACAGAAGAUGUGCACAUAUGUGCUCACCGUUGUGUGGCUGAGAGAGGGGAUUUGCAGACUUAUAGUGUGUGUGUUUUGGGAUAUGUGUGCAUGUGUAUUUUGGGCAGCAGUGCGCACUGACUGAUCUAUUUUUCCCUCUGUAGCUGUUGGAUGAGCGUGGAAACCCAUCUGCUCUACGCCGUCCAUGGUCCCAUAGUGGCGGCGCUUCUUGUAAGUCUGAUGGUCCAAUGUUUCGGUUCAACCUAAGAGUCAUUAACGCAAAAUUUAUGAUUAUUAGUUUAAUAUUUCACUCGGACUAUUACCUCUGAGAAAGCUGAUGUUUGUUUUGGUUUUUCUCCUGCAGGUGAACCUCUUCUUCUUGCUCAACAUAAUAAGAGUGUUAGUGACCAAGUUAAGAGACACACACCGAGCAGAGUCCAACAUGUACAUGAAGGCAGUACGAGCCACCCUCAUCCUGGUGCCCCUGCUGGGAAUCCAGUUUGUCAUUUUCCCCUGGAGGCCAGAGAACCGGCUGGCUGGGGAGGUCUAUGAAUACAUCAUGCACAUACUCAUGCACUACCAGGUAGGCACCGAGCUGACAGCAUGGCACUGCUUUAAUCAGAGUUUCCAUAUAAGUACCAAGCCAAGGCUCGGUUAGAAGGUAAUUCAGCAGUGAAUCAAAACGCAGGAAAGUGAGCUUUUUACAGCCUCCGGAUGUUGAGGUAAUUACAGGAAAAAAACAAACUUCAAUCUAUGGAGUAAUAACUAAAAGUAAUGUAUGCUCAUCUUGUUCACAGUAUUGAUCUUCAGUGCAGCUCCUAUUUCCUAUUUCCUUGUGCUCUCUGGUCCCACAAGGCUAGAGAUGUAGAUGUUUUGCAUGCCUGAAAGUCCCCCUCGGUUAACAACCUUGUUUUCUGCCUCAUUAUUAUUGUCAUGGCUUUAUCUGAUUCACUGAUGAUUACCUCUUUAAAUCUGUUAGCCACUCCAUUACCUGUAUUUAACUAUCAAUUAGGCAUCCCAUUAAACCACAGGCUGUUUUAAUUCAUUUAUUUUAACAAACCUGUCCUUUUUAACUGCUUAAAACUUCAUUGUUUUAAAUUACUUUUGUCAGACAAUGUGCUGAUUUGUAUUCCUGUUUUUAGGGGUUGCUGGUGGCAACAAUAUUCUGCUUCUUCAACGGAGAGGUAAGCCCUGCUUGUGUUUUUUUGCUGCUCAUUAUUUUGAGAAUUUCUCAUUUGCCUCUCAUUACUUUCCUGAACCCUUCUAAUGUGAGUACGCUAAUUAUGAAAGAGCUUGGAGAUGCUAAAAUUAGCUUAGCAUACAGCCCAGGGCAGGUGAAGAGGUGGCUGAUUUGACCCCUUCUCAAAACCAAAUUUUUGCAAUAAAAGUACAUUAUAGAGACAUUUAUGGAAAACUUGACAAUAAAUCUUGAUUUGAUAUAAGGAAAAAAGUCAAUAGUUUGUAAAAUGGGAAAUACUCCUUUAAAAUCAUUGUAUCCUGAAAAAUCAUUGUGCUGUGAGUGACACCAGAGUUGUGCAUCUUUGACAGGAUAAUUGUUCUUUAGUAAAGGUCAACCUGCACUUGUUUCUCAGGGAUCUUCUCAGUUACAGAGCAAUAAAGUGGCUCAUUCCUCAUAUGAGGCUGUAACUCUAUCAGGCAAAACACUGGCAGUUUUUGUUUUCCCAGGACAGAUCGGAGUCUUUGUGUAUCUGAUCGAAUAUCAAGAGGUGACCCCGAUGUGAGGCGCAGACUUUGUUUCUGGCUUCUGACACUUGUGUAAAAUAGUUGAACUUCGCAAAGAUACUGCAUUUGUCAUUAGUCCAAAUGUAGCUGCCCAAGUGGCUGAAGCUGAAAGGUCACGUCAGGUGAGGUGAGGAGUAAGACGUUUAGAAAUGGCUGAGGUUUCCAAGUCCAGCUGGAAAUUGACUCUCCUUUCAAGUCUCUCCCGUUAGCCUUUUUAAGUCUGUCAGCAGCUGUCUGACUCAGAGCAUCUUUAACGUGGUUCAAACACUCCUCCGAAAGUGUGAGAUUCGUUUUCUCUAAAGCCAAGAUGUGAGGUUAAUGAUGUUGUGGAGACCUCUCUGCUCUGCAGACUCAUGUGACAGAUGCUUUCAAGGCUCAAGGUCUGCACAAAGUAAAAAAAGCAAGAGAAAGUGCUCAAGUACUCAAGCAGGUUGUUUGACUCUGAUGAUGCUGGUUCGAUUGGAAAAUUAUUAAAAGCUUUUUUCGUCUUUAAAAAGCUUUUAUUAUGGUUUAAACGAGAAAAUGGUGCCGCCAAGUUCUGUGGUAUGAAGGCACAAUGGUGCAUUUUGUAGCAUGAGAAGAAAGCAGCAAAGAGAUGCAAAACUGAGGGAGCAGCUAAUUUAAAUACUCAGCAUGGAGUGUCUGGCACAGAGGAGCUUACUCUAGGGUUGCAUUUCUACUGUAUACAUUUACUCGGGUAAAUAGGUCAACUAUAAGCUCAUUGUCAAGCUGCCAGGGUCCAACAGCUUCUUCCACACCAACAUUAUUUGUUGUAUAAACAAUGUGUAGAGUGUAUGUUAAAAGGUUGAGGCUUCUCUUUGGGAGAUACAGGGUCAGCAGACAAGCAGACCAUCAUCAGGAAUGUGAGGGUUCAUUCGCUUCAUCCACAUAAUGACCAAUUCAGUCCCUCUAAUCAGGACACAGCUUUCUGGGGCUGGUUUCAAGGCUGUUUUCUUUUUUAUUAUUGCAAGGCCAAACUGCACAGACCUGCCUUGUUUGUUCAAUGGUCCCAUUGUAAAGUAAGGUCAGCUCAACAAACAGCUUUCAUGCUGUAUAUGUGACGUUCUACAUGGACGCUCUUUUGUCUCAUAAUAACAAACAGUGGCAUCAUUUAGAUAAUUGGAUCAUUGUGAAUAAAUAUAUACUUGUAGUAAUUACAGUGGUACAAAGGUAUUACAAAAUAAAAUGAUACCAUUGCACUCCAGUUUCGGUUUUUAGGAAUAUUAUAGUUUGGGAAUGAAUAUUGCUCUCAAUAUGAGGUUUUUAUGCAUGUUUUUUCAGCAGUCAUGACGACUUGAUUUCCUUUGUGUUUAUGUGAAUGAAAAGUUUACAUUUUUAACAGGGAGGUGAAAAGUUUGCUGUUGUUGUUUGUAAAUCUAAAAUUCAGUGGGCAUAAACGUAAACAGAAAUGCUCGAUGUUUAAAAGUGGAAGUAGUUUGUCUCUGAACUUCAACUUUUCUCCUCAUAUUAAAAACUUUUCAGACUUGCAGUUGUUUUAUCCAGUAACUAGAUAACUGCUGAGAGUAUUAGGAAGCGAAUUGUGGAUAAUUAACGGUGUAUCAUCUGCAUAAAAGCGAAUAGUUUGAUUAAUGCUAUUCUAUCAGUUGGCUUUGUCAAAUAGCUCCAGCAAGAUAUCAGGUUGAUUGCAUGAAAUGUAUCUAUUGUUAUAGUAAAACAAAACCCUGAAUGUGCAGACAGGAGUAGGAAGGUCCUGGAUCACACUUGGAACAGUUGUAAACAACAGAUGCAGGGGAUAGUUUAAACAUAUUUUUCAAUUCGACUAAAUCUUUCUUCCCUGUAUGAAAUGAUGAUCUGGACCCAUGCACAGCUCGGCGGCAUUUCAAGAAAUGUGACUCUGAUGUUUGCCUUUCCUAACUGGCAUCUGUUAAUGUGAUAGAAAGAUGAGUGAGGCCCAUAUGCUGCUGCAAUUACACUCACAUCAGUUCGGAUCUCUGCUGCUCGGGUUAAUGUUGUCACAAGAUGGUGUUUACACGGGCUCUGCCUCACUUAGACUGCACCACCAUGACCACAGAUGAUUUGCAUGUAAAUUCAGAUGUCUGCUGGAGUGAUUUCGUGGUCGAAGCGAGGGAGACAAAAGUUUGGAGGAGUGUUUGUGAUGUGUCAUUUUGACAACAGAAGAAAUAACUCAAAGUGUUCGCCCUGGCAUGGAGACGUGGUCUGAGAUAUCUGAUGAACAAAAGAGUUUCAGGGAAGAAAAUAUUUUGACACUGACUUUUAAGCCAUUACCAAGCUACCUGGGCAAGAGAAGCAUAUGUAAUUUAUAUAGAUAUCAUGAUUAUAAUGGCCAUAAAUAUCAUGGCCAAAUGUUCAAACCUGAAGAGGCUGCUACAGUUAGCUCACUUGCAGCUGCUUCUUCUUCAAUAUUUCAAUAUUUCAUUUUUUAAGAAGAUAUUUAUCUUCAAUACUGGUGUACAGGGACAGACGUAGUCCUGAGGUUGUCAUAAAACAGUUUGUGUAUAGAAAGUGAUGCAACUACAGAGUUCCCAAUGUUGGUAUGAGGACAGUCAAAAAGAACAUGCAUGGAAAAAGAGGGUCUUGGAUACCUGAAUCAAAGAUCAUGGCUAAACUGGAGGACUUGGGCCCAAUCCCAAACCGACCCCUACACACUCGCCCUUCACUACUAAGUGUCACACCUAAUGAAGUUACACUCGCAGCUGUGGAGUGCACCUCAAUUGAAAUGGGAGGGUAUGAACAAGACGGGUGGGUAUGGGACGCCCUCCUCACUCCACCGGAAAAUAGAAAGAUUCAUCGCCAUAGCAACACAAGACACGUGUCCUGUGCAAGGCAGUGUUUAUUUUCUUAGUAAACAGACUUCAUGAACAGUUCUGAACUGCACCGGCUGCCUCGUUUCUUCAUCCUCCUAGUUAAAUCAUAAAUCCAGCAACCAUUACAGUGACAGGAGCUAAAUUAACCUUCUGAUUGUUAGUGAUUCCACGUCUUUGAACCCCUUUACCAUUUGACAUGUGCCUGCACAAUCAAACAAACCUCAGCACAGAGUAAGAUUUCCGACUUCCGUUCGAUCUUUACAAACCUCGUCUUUUGUGAUUUUUUUUGUCAGUAAGACAGAGGUGGAACUUAUAUUUAUAUGUUGUUUCCUACUCCUCCAUUUUUACCGACAAUUCCUGUUGUGAGUGAGCAUCGGUGCAGACUCGUUUGAAGGGCUGAACGGUCCACUCGCCCUCCUCACUUUGUGGUUUGGGACAGCCUUCAAUAUGGCCGAGCCUCUGCGGGGACGCACAAACGGAGGGAGAGUGUAUAGGGCAAGUGUGUGUGGGGGACGGUUUGGGAUUGGGCCUUGAUGUUUCGGUUGUCGCACCUUUAAGCUACGCUGUCUUGAUGUUACCCUACAUUACCAAACUUGGUCCUCACAUUGAAGAGUAAAAGUGUCCCCUAAAAAGAAAAUUUGAAGUCACUCUGAUAGUGGCCGUGUCUUAAAGCUGUGUGGUUUUGUGUUGUCCAGGUGCAGGGAGCUCUAAAGAGACAGUGGAUGCAGUACAAAACUCAGUGGGGUCAGAGACGAAAGGACCACUGCUCAAUGCGCUCCACGUCCUACACAGCCACCUCCAUCACUGAGGUCCCCGCCUUCAUGUACCACCAUGACUGCAACAGUGAACAUUUGAACGGGCGCCACUCGGACGACUCUGAACUGGUGGCGCUAAAAUCAGGAGAGACUUACGCUUAAAGCACCCAAGUCCCACAGAGGAUGAAGAGUGUAGGAACAGUCGAAGACGAUGAACAGAGUGAGGACGAUGAAGGUCGAUGGUUGAAUCUCAGAGACUGAUGCAGGUGAGGUUGACCCAUAGGGAUGAUACGGGUCUGGGAAUUUAAUGCUCAUGGAGAUGGACGAGCUACAAGGUCAACUCUUCAUUCAACUUUACAUCGCUGUUGCAGCUGCUUUUUCGAGAACUUUGAUGUCAAGAACUCAUGGCAUGAGACCAGGGCUGCUUUUCAACAUGUGUCACUUCCUCAAGCUGCUAAACUACGACGGAAUAAGACUGUUGAAGAGUGAACGUGGCAAGGAUUCCUGUUUGGAAAUUAUGCUACUGAGUAUGACGUUGAUGGUAACUAAAGAUUCUUGAUGAUGAUUUAAAAGGUGAAGUAAAGAACCAAUCCUUCCUAACCUCACCUAAACCAAAGGGUGUAUGUAGGGGGUAACGUGCUAUGAAGUAUAACACACACACAAACACACGUCAGCAGACCUACAAACCUGAACGUAUGUGCCAUGACAGUGGUGAAAUUUUAAAAACACCCUCUGUGCUAAAAGCUCUGGAAUUGUGUACAUAAUGUAUGUUUGUUUGAGUUAAAGACAGUGUUAAAAUGUUUCUAAAAGGAUUUUAUUUUUAUUUGAUAUAUUUUAUUCUUGCCAAUCCCUCAGUACAUGCUCAGUUAGUGUGUGUCCUGUGAUGCUGCACUCCUGACUGCUUUGUAGUUGCUGUUUUUGUGCCGAUGCCGAACAUCACAGGGCUGAGAAGCAAAAAAAGAGAGAAAAAAAAACAAACAAAAAAAAACACACAGAGCUCAAUGCACAAAAAGAUCAAUGACUAAAAACUUUAUUUUGAGGUUGAACAGCCACGGGAGUUAUUUCACUGUGUAUGAGUCAAAUAUGCCAUGAGUCGUGCCAAUGAUCCUGACAAACAAGCUGCUUCCUCUGAAGAACAGAGGCCGCACUGUCUGAUUUUACUCACAAUCCUCCUUUGUUGUACCGCCUUCAAAGUAUCUUCUGUUAUUUUUUAGAGAUUUAUAUACUGUCCUCUAGACAUAUUUAUUCAUGAACUGUAGCAUUUUGUAUGAACAAGCAGCCAGGACAAAAGAAAGGCUCACUGAUGAAGAGAUGACGAGAGCAUCACAUUCACGUCUAGGAAACACCCUUUCUAUCAUCCUCACAUACUUUCACACAAAAACAAGAAAGAAAAAAAAAAACACUUUUGUUGGAAAAGUCGCUAGAUUAUUUUUUUGUUAAACUUGGAUGCUGUCUUACAUGCAAAGAAGCCCAACAGGUUUCUAUUUGAAUUCAGUUUCAGCAAAGAAAGAUGGCACUCCACUUUUCGUAGCACAGCAGAUAAAGCCUCCAACAAAUGUAGACUGCUGUUAUUAAUAGAAAAAGUCAGCUGCUUGUUUGCAGAGGGAGAGCUCAGAGCUGAAAUCUUUGCAAAAGAAAAAAAAAAUCUCAGAGAAAGAGACGUUUUAAGGAUAAAACUCAACAAGUCAACAACAAACUAUCAACAAGUCUCACAGAAAACCAACUCAACUUGCAUGACUCUUUCUCAAUAUUUGAAGUACGCCACCUUUUCCUUCACGCUCUCCCCAAAGCCUGUUUUUCCCUGAAGAGUUUAUAAUCCCCUAAUCCAAUCGUAAACCAUUUACAAACACAUAUUUUCUAUUGAAGGCAAAGUUAACAACCCCUGCUGUCUUCAUAAGGACACUCAAACAAGACUUAAAAAGGGCAAUUUACAUAAGCAACAGUGUUCAAAUGUAUUUUUUUUCAGUGUAACUACUGAGAAACCAUCAGAAAAUGUCCAAAUCUGAAGUUGACAGUUUUUUUUUUCUUAUUACUUUCUUGCUGCUGCUUUUCUUCUUAAAGCUAAAAAAUGCAACCAUAAAUCUUGCAGUUGCAGUGCUUUUUUGAUACAAUCCAUAAAAAUAAUGGACAGUGUGUCAUUUUAAAAGCACAUGGUAUUGAAAAAUAUCAAAGUACCCCAAAACUCCAUUAAUGUGGACAUCGUAUUUCAGGAAUGUGAAACAGAGACACAUUUUUACAAAUUAUAAAAGGUGCAAGAAGGGAACUUUAUGGCACAGAAGACAAAGAUUUAUUAUGUUUUAAUUCACAGACAACUCUCCUUUGUAGGAUAUGUUUAGGGAUGCAGGAUAUUGGAUCUUUGUUGACAUCCAAUAUGCUGAUAUAUUGGCUGAUACUGAUAUUGAUACCCAUACAUACACACUUUUUUAAUUGUGAGGACUGCUCCUGAUCUGCUUUUAUUGUGACACUCUGUUUGUUUCAUAACCAGACAAACAAGACAAGCAGCAUUUAAUUCUCCCAUAGAUGAUAAAUAUGUUUUUUUGUAUCAAUACAUCGACUUUGAGUUAUGCGUUUGCUGUUGUGUCCAACACUUCAAAACUCUCCAAGCUGUCAUUGCGUGCACCUUCUUAAUGCAUCACUUUUUCGGUUGAUAAUAACGGCAGACAUUUCUGUAUUCUGCACCGAUAUCCUGCAUCUCAAAAUGUCCUUACUAUUUUUGAAGAAUUUUCUUAUAAAUAACUAAAUAUAAAACAGCAAUUUUAUUAUCUUUAAGAUUAACAUUAUCUAGCUUCCCCUCAUGAAGCUUUUAGUUCUGAUCACAAAUGUACUUCACCUCUAUCCAAUGUGCAAAUGUGUCCAGUCACUAUAAAUGUGAUUUUCACAGUUUCUUGUCAUUGUAAACAUAUUUUUUCAUGAAUUGUAUGAGACAUAUGGAAGAGAUAUCAGAGAGUUAUAAAAUGAAGGAUUAUGUAUUUUUCUAUGAACUUAUAGAGAGAAGCUAAGACUAAAUUUGUACAUUAAGGCACAUAAAAUAGGGCUUUAAAGUUUAUCUUCACCGUAUGCUGAAAAAUAUUUGUCCUAGUCAGUAUUGUUAGUAUCUAAUGAAAUCCAUUUAAAUGAAUAACAAAGAGGACCAUCCAGAAUUAUCUCAAAAUUCAUAAUGAAGGAUUAUUUGUGAGGAGAUCUGGACAUGUUCAAAUCAUUUCAGUCUAGUUUUGUGACUCGCUCACAGUCAGUCGGUCCUCUCCGGUAGUCCUCUUCACUCCAAAAUUAGGAAACUUUACAAAGUUGUUUGGAAAUGACUGUAAGAUAUAAGAAAGUAAGAAAGAGAGAGACAAUCAAUAGAGAGCUCAUCGUCGCUAUCGUGAUGGGAGAGACGGUUUUUAUGCGACAUGCUGUCACGUGUCAUUUCAAAGUAGCAUUUCUUAUUUAUUAUGAUGUGAACUUCACCGUCCUCUUCGUCUUUUAAACGAUGGUUUGCUUGGAUGUGGCGCACACUGUAAGACACAUGACUCUGAAUUCUUUGAGUGGGCUUAAAGCUUCUGUAUAUUUUGUAUGUUUCUUCCCGUGUAAAUAGGAGCUGUCACUGUGUAUAUAAUAGAGUUUUGCACUGUGAAUUACUCUGAAACUUAUUUUUGUAACCUUCCUGUCAUACCCGUGUUUGUCUCUUUCUCCCACUCAGCUCAGACUGGCGUCAUCUCAAAGCUGAUAAAAAAUGCAUUUUGUAAAAGCUUAA